AUGCUGGAUUUUUUAGUGGACACCGCUAAAAGUGGGUUUCCAACUCUCUCCAAACUGACUGAGGAUGGUAAGAACAAAAUUGCCUGCUUUGAGCUAUUGAAUAUAAUGACGAGCAUUUAAAAAAAAAAAAUGGAAUUCUUUAUUUUUGCGGUGCUGUGCGUUCAUAUAUUCAACAUUUAUCAAAAGUAAAGUAUACAGGAAUAUGUAGUGCGGGUCAUACAUUGCAAGAUUAAUGCACAUUUUUUUUUUUUUUAAAAACACGACACAUUGGUAUAAGGAACAACAGAAAGUAAAAUUGACAUAUGUGAAAUCCUACAUCUCGAAAAAUUGAGAAAGCAGUACUUAUAGAUAUGAAACAUGUUUGAAUAGAUUCUAGAAACAUAGAAUGUGAUGGCAGAUAAGAACCAUUCAGCCCAUCUAGUCUGCCAAUUUUUUUUUAAUACUUUCAUUAGUCCCUGGCCUUAUAUUAUAGUUAGGAUAGCCUAAUGCAUAUCCCACGCAUGCUUAACCCCUUAAGGACCAAACUUCUGGAAUAAAAGGGAAUCAUGACAUGUCACACAUGUCAUGUGUCCUUAAGGGGUUAAACUCCUUUACUGUGUUCACUUCUACCACUUCAACUGGAAGACUAUUCCAUGCAUCCACCACCCUCUCAAUAAAGUAAUACUUCUGCAUAUUAUUUUUAAACCUUUGCCCCUCUAAUUUAAGACUGUCCUCUUGUUGUGGUAGUUUUUCUUCUUUUAAAUAUAGUCUCCUCCUUUACUGUGCUGAUUCCCUUUAUGUAUUUAAAUGUUUCUAUCAUAUCCCCCAUGUCUUGUCUUUCCUCCAAGCCAUGUCCUUUAACCUUUCCUUGUAAGUUUUAUCCUGCAAUCCAUGAACCAGUUUAGUAGCCCUUCUCUGAACUCUCUCUAAAGUAUCAAUAUCCUUCUGGAGAAACGGUCUCCAGUACUGCGUACAAUACUCCAUGUGAGGUCUCAACAGUGUUCUACUGCUAAUACCUCUCACUAUACAAACAAGCAUUCUGCUAGCAUUUCCUGCUGCUCUAUUACAUUGUCUGCCUACCUUUAAGUCAUCAGAAAUAAUCACCCCUAAAUCCCUUUCCUCAGAUGUUGAGGUUAGGACUCUAUCAAAUAUUCUGUACUCUGCACUUUUUUUACAUCCGCGAUGCAUUAUCUUGCACUUAUCUACAUUAAAUGUCAGUUGCCACAACUCUGACCAUGUUUCUAGUUUACCUAAAUCAUUUGCCAUUUGGCUUAUCCCUCCUGGAACAUCAACCCUGUUACAUAUCUUAGUAUCAUCAGCAAAAGACAUACCUUACCAUCAAGACCUUCUGCAAUAUCACUAAUAAAAACAUUAAAGAGAAUGUGUCCAAGUACAGAUCCCUGAGGUACCCCACUGGUGACUAGCCCAUGCUUUGAAUAUACUCCAUUGACUACAACCCUCUGUUGCCUGUCACUCAGCCACUGCCUUACCCAUUCAACAAUACUGGAAUCCAAACUUAAAGAUUGCAGUUUAUUGAUAAGCCUUCUUUGUGCAACAGUGUCUUGUUUCUGGUUCUAAGAUGCAUAUAUUGUGUGAUCAGCUUGAGUAGGACGUAUAGAAAGCCUAUAAAAGGUGCUUGAGUCGUAUAAAGAUGUCUCUAUAGCUUGAGUGUGAGAAAGCUGGAUUGGGGGCGCCCUAACCAAGGAGGCAGCGGGAAUGAGGGAGGAAGGAGGGUGAGUGGGAUGGUAGAGAAGUUGCGCCAAGUGGUAGGGAUCUGACUUCCCACAGACCCUAAGUUCCACAUACUUUCUGGCCUGGUGUGCCCUUAUACUUAACAAUAUACAACUCAUCUAGAGUUAUGAACAUUGAUAUGGCAAGGUGCAAAACAUAUAUGAAAAACCGAGAUAAACCUUACUAAAAAGACAGAAAAUAUUUGUUCAGUCAGAAUGUAUGCAGAGUAUGCAAUAUUCACGGCAGUCACAGUACUCUAGUUUGCAAGUUACCAGCCCUUCGAAUAAAGGGUACGACAUCAGCAGGGUCUCAAGAUACCACCAGAGUCCCCACGAUAGGGGUAUCAUCCGAGUUGGGUCAGUCCCAAGUUGUCCAGGAAGGCUGAGGCCUCGGACAGCGAGGUAAAGACGUGUAGUACCAGCAUGUGAUACUAUCAGAGAACCAUUUGCCCCCCAUCUAUAGACCAAGCCUGCAGAGCGCGGCCGAUCAGUUGCAGGGCCGUAGGACUUAUGCCAGAGUAGAGUGGCUCUUGUGAGGUCCUGAAAGAAGGUUAAUAUACAGUUCUAAAAUGUCAGAGGUGUCUUGCUCUUUAAUGCAAACAUAAUUUGAAUAUUGUCCUGUACAGUGAUGCAGCGCAGGAUCAGAUCUCAGACUGUAUUGGGUUUCAGGGGAGUAUAACUUGGAAGACGGUAAACUCCGUCUAUGGGUAUCUUCUUAGACACAGCAUGGGGUAGGAUACUGGUCAUAAUGCGGUAACUCUUCUGCCGAGAUCGCAGUGGGGAUGCCUUUCAUUUUAAUGUGGGUCCGUCGCUGGCAAUCCUCCAUGGCCGUCAUUUUGAGUGACCUGAUCUUCUGUUGAGUCUGGGUCUGUAACACUGAGUCUUGUAGUGUGGUCAUGUGGGUUUGUACAUCUACUAUGUCCUCCUCAGUGGCCCUCACUCGAUCUGUGACAUUCUGCACAUGUUUUGAGGAGAGCAGAGUCAGCCACCAACAACUUGUGAAUGUCAGCUUAGUAGGGACUUCAGGUCAUGUUUGGUAGUUGGGGCCUGGUCAUCAGAGGGCUCGGAAGGUGGAGGCUGUGAGCCCUGAGAGUUCUGUCCCAAGAGCGCGUUUGACGACAUGCGGAUCGAGCAUUUUUAAUAUAAAGAACGAUUCUGAAUAUUUUGUUGAACGUUUCAUCCUUGGAUUCUGUCUUGGGAAUUUAAAUGUCGAGCUAGUUUGUAUAGGAGGGCCUUAAUAGUUUCUUAGCAAAAGCUUUACUGUUCAAGGUGCAGCAUUAUUAAAGAGUCACUCUGGACUGAGGUUAACCUUUUAUUUAUGCAUUAUAGAGGCAAUACAUUACAAGUAUGCAGAAACAACAAAGCUCAAAUAACAAGACAGAUAAUGAUGUUCUCCACUUGCUACAAAUUCCCAGGAUCUGCAAAUUUAGAAAGAGCACGCACCAAGCUGUGACUUGAUUCAGGUCACGUAAAGGUAUGCUCUGAGCAUAGUAACCACUACAGCUAUUUUAGAGGGUUUUGUGUGAAGAGUCAUUGGUUGCAGUCCCCCUGCAUUUGUCAAGUUAUUUUCAGAAAGGCUCACAAUCGUGGAAAAGAAGCAGUGUUUGGAGAAGCUCCUUGUUUUUCAAACUUCAGUUCCCAUCUUUGUCACUUGGCAAGCAUGGGAAGCCGGCAGACAGGGUGGAACAUUAUGUAUUGGAGACUCCAUCACCUAUCUAUACUAUAGAAAGCUUGAUAAGUGGGCGCUCUAGGAAGGAAUAUUGUCAUGGUAAAGACUGGAGUGCCAGUCUUAACUCUAUUCAUGUGACAGUAAUGGGAAUUGGACAGACCAGGGAAAAGAUUCAGCAUGUUACUUACUGGAACAUCAGUCUAUGUAGUGUGAUAACCACGGAAAGUGGAAAGUCUAGGGAGAAAGCUGUGCAUAUUUUAGAUGGUUGGAAAGUGGGCAGAGACUGCAUCUUGUAUAUGUCAUCUAUAAUAUUGUUGGGAAAAUGUUUGUGUGGCUAUCAUUUCUCUGUGUGUUUUGGUAUAUGUGUUCCAUGUAUGAGUUUAUGCAUUGCCUGUAAUAUUGAAUAUUACCUGUAACUAAGCAAGUAUAAUGAAACAAUAAGUCUUUACUUUUCGUACGUCAGCUACCUUAGCAAACAAUAUAAUAUAAACACAAAGAGAAGGAUUGCGGGAAGAAUGAAGAUAGCAACCACGUCUCUGUGUUAUAUUUUUGUUACUAUCGUGGUAACUGCACGGUCCUUUUAAAAUGACUGAAAUUUACAUUGGUGAAUAUAGCAUAGAAUGAGACUGUGGUUUUCAGAUAACUUCUAGUCUAGGGCUACUGACUCACAGCCCCAUAGUUCUCUGUCAAUAAUAGUGUGGCAAAGAAUUAUGGUUAUUUCAGUCUACCAUUAUCUGAAAGGAGAAAGUUAAACAUCUCAGAUUCAGAGUGCUGUGUGUAUGUGCAGCGUUGGUUUUCGUUGUACUUUCCAGGCUGAUCUACAUGAUUUGUCACAUAUUGUUUGUGAGGCAUGUGAUCGGGGACACAAAGCAGUAAGUAAACAGCUGUCGCUUAGUCUGAGUUUGUUUACGAUGUAACACUAAGUUAGAAUUUGCCUAAUUUGUGGGUUCUUGGUAAGCAGUAUCUUCUUUCAUUGCUUGGGCACAUGCAUAGCUGUUCAUGCCAACUACUCUGGGUAAUAGGUGGCAUCCUUCUUUGCUGGGCACACAGUGUUUGGAAAAUUUUCAAAAACAAUUAUUUUGUUACAUAGUUUGCAAAUCCUUUGUCAAUUUACCACAAUUCCUGUGUGUUUAAAUAGAAACCGAUAUACAAAGCACACCUGGUAGGGUAAAUUGUCUGAUUUGAUUUAUUUAAUAUGAUUUAAUUGAUAUAACUAGUGCUCAGAUGGCAUUGUUUGAUAUCUUGUUAUGUUGUCUACGCUUAGAAUGCAGCAGUGCUACAUGCUCGUAUUGCUACUUAAUAAGUUACAAUUCAUUUACUUUACUCGCAAAAGCUCUGCUUUAGUUUUGCGUUCCUGUAUUAAGUUACCUGGUGAUAAAGCAACCAUAUAUUAUUAAAUGAUUCAGAAGAAAUGUGACACCCUUUAAUCAACUCAUCGUUAGCUAAUCAUGCUCAUCAACUAAGCUUGCGCAUAGACUGCUGAGAACAGAGAGUUAUACCAAGCUGCUUUCUAUUGUGGUUAUGCUAAAACUUUCUUUUAAAAUACACAAUAUGAAAUUCAACUCAUCGGAGACUACAUUUAAAACAUUACUAUUUUUACAGAUGUUACACAGUGAAUUAGUAGGAAUCUGUCUGCCGAUUCUAAAAUUGGCCAGUUCAUAUGUAGCAAAGCAACCAGCUGUUAUCUAUUUAGUUUAAUACUUAGCAUAAUAUCUAACCAUUCAAAUCAAUUACUCCAAAGAUCUCUUACCUUAUUGUACUCCCUUCAUAUAUGAAUGCUAUUUCCUUCCUUUAACCCCUUAAGGACCAAACUUCUGGAAUAAAAGGGAAUCAUGACAUGUCACACAUGUCAUGUAUCCUUAAGGGGUUAAACUACAUCUCCAACAUAGACAUGUGUAACGCAUCCUAUCCUAUCUCAUUCAAUCGUCCGUACCUAUUCUGGAGUUUCCCGAACGUACCUUCGUGUAGUAGACUGGGUCCGCUGUAUAAAACUUAUUUUGUUCUGUUCGACUGUCCGUACCCCUUGUUUGUUUCCCGAUUGGAAGACGUGGGGUUCCCCUCUUUUAUACCCUUCGAACACCGACCACCCCUGGCUCGUUAACUUCAAAAGAGUAAUUAGUUCAAGUGCAUUCCCUGGUUGGUCACUGUUCGUAUAACACAUGUGAUCUAGUAAAUGGUGGACAUUUUGUCUCCCGAACACAGGCAGCUGUACAUGGUCGUCGAAUGCCUGGAACUCUUUGGCGGCUACGCGAUCCCGCGAACUCGGGAGGGGGGAAAAUUGUAGCGCGGCUCUCCCAGACCAGUUAGGAUAGCGCCGUUCAGGAAAAAGGAACUACCAAAUAGGGUGAGCAUCCGCUCCCUAAAAGCCAGGGGGAGCAUUAGUCGGUGUUCGCACAGGAACUCCCGAAAGUGGACAGUCUGUUGCCUCUUUUCCUCUGGCACUAUAUUGGGCUACCACCUCGUGGCCUGCUGGUCAGAACUUUACCCGGAUUGAGAUUCUGUUCUACCAAAGGGUAUUUGGGCAAGUUGGGCGCUCAGAUCCAGGCUAUUUGGGGUUCCUGUGUAGUAUGAUUGUAUUUUGGGGGUGUUUUGUAUAUUUCAUAUGUGGUUCCCUGUAACUGAGAGAUAAUUGAGUUACGAGUUUUGGACUCAAUUAUCUCCCAGACACAGGGACACCUGUGAGGGGUUUGUGUUAUGUUGAAUGGAGACCCCAUGCUGGGGGUCUGUGCAUAAAAAGGUGAGUGUGACAUAAUAAAAUUUAGUUGGCUUCCCGAACUGUGUGUCGUCCAGUUACUGGGGGAAUGGGCUAUAUUCACUAAGCAGUGCUUUGUUCCAGCUUGAGAGGACUUCAGCAGAGCUAUUUAGGUCUCAGGAUUGCAGCUCCGCUACAUUGACGUGCUUGCAUCAUACAUUUUUGUCAAUCUGGUAGUUUUUUUAAACAACUUUUAAUGAGUUUCCAGUAAGAUCAAGCACUUUAUCAGCCGGUAAGUGUCUAAAAGAGCAGAACACCAGUCAAAUCUACUAACAUUUAGACCAAGAUCCUUUUCCAAAGCUAAAAGUGCUGGAAGAGACUCCAAUUUAAUGAGAAUCUAAUCAAAUGGAAAGCCAAAGCAAAUAACGUUUUGCCGUUCUUAUGUCAAUAGCUGAUAUACCUUUACUAAUUCUAAAAAAACUGUCUAAUUACAGAUUUGUCUACCAGCUGACAAAUAUGUGUAAUCCCAUAUUAUCUCCACUUCUUCAAAUUCAUGUCCGUUAUAAUAUAAUCUAAAGAGAGAGAGGCAGAAAUUUUAUAUUGUAGAUCUAGAGAUUUCUUAAUCCUGAACCAGGCUUUCAGAAUUUGGUGUAAAAUCAUAUUCAGACUUAUGAGUUGUUUACCCAAGAGUAUAUCUUCAAAGCUCCAAGCAGCAUGAAACAGAUCUUUUGCAUUUACAUUCACUUUAUGUAUCUCAUACCAACACUCAUUACCAGUUAGGUUUGCUUGGAGUCUGUUCACAUGGACCAUUACGUUAGCCUGAUAAACGCAUCAAUAUUAGGAGAGACUACCUUCUAAUUUAUUGCUAAAUACUAACUUUUGUUAUACUCUAGGUCUAUUCCCCUUUCCAAAUAAAGUUUGAGAAACUAGUCUGUACCAAAUCUAACCAUGCAUCUGAAAUAAAAAGAGGGAGCAUGUAGAACUAAUAAGGCCAUAUAGGGAUGAUAUGUGAAUUGAUUACAUGGAUUCGACUACGGCAUUAUAUCUCAGAGUGUCUUCAUUCUUUUUAUAACUGGUUUGUCUGCUUCGGCAGAUUCAUAAAAUUAGUUGCCAUAAUCUGAUGAAUGCCUCUCGGAAGACUUAUCUCAAUGUACGGAAAACCAUUCUUCACCCAAUCAAAGUUGUAACUCUGCUCUAUGAGUUCUCUUAUCUCUGGAAUCAAAUUGGAGUCUAAAAACAGAGGUUUUAUGAAUAUUGAUCUUAUAAUUUGAUACUUUCCAAAGUUGGCAAACUCAUUCAUCAGAGGAGGUUAAGAAUUUACCGCAUCUACUAUCAUUCUUAGAACAUUGUGUGCAUAAAGAUUUAUUUUUAACUCCUAAUGAUUUGUUGAAAAACCUUUGAUGUUAAAAUGUAUUCCUAAUAAUGAUCGCUAGAGGUUCAAUUGAUAUAUACAAAAUAGGGGAACGAGGGCGCCCUUGUCAAGUUCUGUUACUAAUAUUUUGGCCUUUUAUCCUAGCAGUCUGAUAACUAUAUAUGAACAUAAUAGCCUGGUGAAUCCAGCCAUUUAUACCAAAAGUUUACAGAGACUGACUAAUAAAUUCAAAGCUAAUUCUGCCGAACACUUUCUCUGCAUCAAUCGACAGAGUCAGGAGGGGCAAACCGGAUCUGUUGGCAGAGUCUAAGAUAUCCCCUAUUCUCAUUGUAUUAAAACAGGAAGAUCUAUUUGGGAUGCAGCCGAUUUGAUCUGGGUGGAUAAUUGUAUCAGGACAUAAUAGCCUAGUGAAUCUUGCCAUUUAUACCAAAAUUUGACAGAGACUGACUCAUAAAUUCACAGCUGACUCUGUCAAACGCUUUCUCUGUGUCUAUGGACAAAGUGAGGAGGGGCAAACCGGAUCUAUUGGCAGAAUCCAAGAUAUCCACUAUUCUCAUUAAAUUAGAACAGGAAGAACAAUUUGUGACAAACCCGAUUUGAUCGUAAAGAAUAAUUUCACAUCCACCAUCACCUUUCUCCUAUUGUUUCCUCUUCUCUUCCUCUCUCAGAAAAUGUUCUUCUUUUCUUCAUAUCUGAUCUAGUUUUCUUUCAAACAAAAGACAAAGUAGGGACGCUUGACCUUCUUUGACCAAAAGAGGAGCUCAACUCUGCUCCAUUUGCCGUGGUCAAAGAAAGUGUGCCCACAAUAUUCACCCUCCUCUGUGUUCUUCCCGUUCGAACGUCCAGUAUACACUAGGGCGCCAGUGAAAUGAACGGAUUUCGUUCUAACAGAAUAUGUACAGUUUGUCAUUUAGAAAUUCCGAUCCAAUCAGUGCCCCGGCUGCAUCUUGCAGCCACUUAGUAGAUAGCCCCCUAAUUCCCAGAAGGAUUAGCACCUCUAGUGGCUGUCUGAGUGAUUGCCACUAGAGGGAUUCCCAUGCGGUAAUCUCUGAAAAGACAGUGUUUACAGCAAAAAGCCUGAGGGGACAGGUAGUAGACACCAGAACAACUAUAUUAAGCUGUAGUUGUUCUGGCGAUUAUAGUGUCCCUUUAAUAAGUUACAGUUAAUUUACUUUACUUGUAAAAGCUCUGCUUUAGUUUUGUGGAUUCCUGUAUUAAGUUACCUGGUGAUAAAGCAACCUUAUAUUAUUAAAUGAUCCAGAAGAAAUGUGACACCCUUUAAUCAACUCAUCGUUAGCUAAUCAUGCUCAUCAACUAAGCUCGCUCAUAGACUGCUGAGAACAGAGAGUUAUACCAAGCUGCUUUCUAUUGUGGUUAUGCUAAAACGUUCUUUUAAAAUACAUAGUAUUAAAUUUAACUACAUUUAAAACAUUUCCCCCUACAUUGUGUGGAGUAUAAUCUGGAUAAAGGAUGAAAACCAUAAACAUUGUAUUAGUAAAUCUUUGGAAUAGUCUAAUCACCAAAACAACUUCAGCUUAAAGGGUUACUCCAACCCACAUAAAAAAAAAAAUCAAUAAACUUGCAUUAUGCCUUAUGGGGCAUGACUAUUAGCCCCCCUGUAAGUACCUGCAAAAACCUUUUUUUUUAAAUUCUUUAUUUUUCUUGUGCAUGAAAAGACAGUGAACAUUUUCUUGCGAUGCCACAACAGCAAUAGCAAGUUGGGUAGUAGCAUUGAACUUGGUAUGGCAUACAAUAAAACAGCACUUUUUUAUAUUAAAGACAGGCGAAAACUGAAACGUUAUGUCACAUGAAUAGAUAUAAUUUUAUGCUAAAGUUUCUAAUAAUUCAAACAUAUGCUUCUGUAAGGUAAGUAUAAACGUAUGCAUCUGUAAGGUAAGUAUUUGCAUCUAUGUGGCUGAGCAUUGCUUGCCCCAAGGGUGUUUCCUGCAGCGCUUAAUGAUUACAGUGCGUUACAAGGUGGGAUACAGAUAUGGUAUUUUGAAUCUGUGCUAAUACAAUUGGGGUGGUUGCAUAAUGUAAGGGAUGUCAUUAGGCUCUUUAAUGAGGGUCGCUAGGGGUGCGGACCACAAUGAUCUCAUACAGUGACGGUCUUUGGUCAAUUAAGGAGACCUGCUUAGGGUGACCGAGGUAGCCCGUUAAGUGUGGUGGGUAGGGAUCUUUAGGACAGGCUCACUAUAGUGUUAGCAGGCUUUUGUGUAUCCCCCUAUUAGGCCGUUUCUCUGGGUAAUCGCGCCUAUGUGUGAGACAUCCGAGCAGGGCAUAUAACAGGCAAUGAGGGUUAAACUACAAUUAGGUCACAAUGAUCAUGUACCAACUAAUGCACGUUAACAUUGGCAAAAGUCUCCCCUUGCCAGAUACAAGAGAGUUCAGUGAUGUAAGGGUUACCAACCCGGCAGGUAUCAGGGUAUGCCGGCAGCAGCUGAGACAGCCGUGGAGUGUGCCCACAUGGGGUGGUUCAAGGUCUGUCAUCUGUGGGGCAGGGUGAGAGGCCUUUCAGCCGAUGCCCAGUGUGGGAAUGUCUCUGUAGCCGGUACAACUGGUCCCGUCGGUGAAGUGCCUGGGCCCGGUACGACUGCAGGGGCAUGAUGUAUACACCAACAAAUCUCAGUUAACACUCCAUUAAGUUGUUAUAGUGUGCCUUUAAUAAAAGAUGGAUAUGCAGUGAUCUCUUUAUGAUAAAUGAACCAAAGAUGUGUCCAUAGUCUUGUAUAAAAUGUGACAUUUACAAAGAAAUUGCAUUAGUGGGUGACAAAAAAGGGAAAUAUGCACUUUAGAUUUAGAUUUAGAUUUUCUCCUAAAAUAUAAGUGAAGAAUUGCUAUUUGCAUAAUAUGUGCUUUUGCUUAGGUUGCUGGGUUCUCCUCCAAAGCUUUAGAAAAGCAUGUUUUUUUUCUAUAUGUGCUUAAAGUGACACUUUAGGCACCCAGACCACUUCAGCUCAUUGAAGUGGUCUGGGUACCGUGUCCCUAUUGCCCUUAGUGUUGCAAUGUAAAACAUUGCCGUUUUAGAGAAACUGGAAUGUUUACAUUGCAGCGCUAAGGCUGCCCACAGUGGCUGUCUACUAGAGGGCUUCCUCAAUUGAAACUGACCUUUCAACUGGUAUCUGCAUGAGGACCUCCAGGGUCAGAUAUUUCCCCAUAGGAAAAUAUUGAUUCAAUGCUUUCCUGUGGGGAGGUUUGUUGCGUGCGGUACAUUUGCAUGCGCUUGCCGCGGGCCGUCGGAUGGGGCAGAGAGUCGACCCAGCACUGAGGAACAUCGGUGUUGGGAUAAGGUAAGUAAACAAAGGGUAUUUAACCCUUUUAUUUACCUGGGCAAGGGGACACGAGGGAGGGGGAAGGCAGGGGGAGCCAUAGUGCUAGGAAUACAACUUUGUAUUCCUGGCACGAUAGUAUCUCCUUAAGGAGUCUGAAAACAUUUGAUUUUUUUGGCCUUUAAGACAGGGUAAAAAGAUAUGCAGUUAGUGUAUUGAUAAGUGAUAUGACAUGUUAUCCUGUGCUGGGAGUUUGUGGUCCAGAGUGGCGCGUGUAGGUUGGCCCAAUUUCCAUUGGUUAGCUAAUAGAGCCUCACAUCAUCAUGUACAAUAAUAGAGGGAGUCUUAGCAUGUUCACUCUUAUAAUUGUGUAAAUUAAGCAUACCUACUAACAUUUCAAAUGGACUACGAGGGACAUUUACAUUUUAGGGGUGUGAGUGGGGGCGUGGUCAUGCACAGAGCUAUUCUGAGACAUUUUAAUUUACUUACUAAUAAUAAUUUAUGCAACUAAAAUAUAAUGACUGAUUUUGAAACAUAUUUAUUGCAGUUUAACCCCUUAAGGACACAUGACAUGUGUGACAUGUCAUGAUCCCUUUUAUUCCAGAAGUUUGGUCCUUAAGGGGUUAAAGACACGUUAGUGGGAGUAUUAUUGCUGUGGAGAUCUGUUAUACACUCAGACACAUUACUGGGAGUAUUAUUGCUGUGGAGCUCUGUUAUACUCUCAGACACACCAACAAUAUGGAGCUCCGAGAAAAGAGGGACAUUAGGCUAGAAAAGAGGGAUGGAGACAUUUGGGCACAUAAUAGGCACUGUCGCUACCUAAAUAGGUACACUUGAGACGUAUGAAGUAAGGGUGCCACAAACUGUCUUUUUAUACUUGCUGGGGAGAGGAGCAAAAUAAAGUCUCUUUUUAGGUUUUAGGAAAUUUAGCAUUGAUCCCUGUAUUAUACUUCUGUACAGGCACAGGGCACAUUAGUGACAGCUCCUGGCACACUUUUCUACCAGGAGCUCCGCCUCCUUGGUGGAGAUAAUCAAAACUGAGUCUCAGCCAAUCCAGUACUUUCCCAUAGGAAAGCAUUGGGAGGCUAAUGCGCACGUGCGGCUAAGCUCCCCCGUGAGCCAAUCGGCAUAUCUCCUCAAAGAGAUCCAUUGAAUCAAUUCAAAUCUAUGAGGAACAUUCACUGUUACUAGGCAGUUCUGUAAACACUGUCUUUUCUCUCAAAAGGCAGUGUUUACAUUAAAAAGCCUGCAGGGACCAGCUAUACCCACGAGAACAACUACAUUAAAGGACCACUAUAGUGCCAGGAAAACAUACUCAUUUUACUGGCACUGUAGUGCCUUGAGGGUGCCCCCACCCUCAGGGUCCCACUCCCGCCAGGCUGGAUGGAUAGGAAGGGGUUAAACACUUACCUUUCUCCAGCGCCGGGCUCCCUCAGUGCUGGAGACUCACCUCCUCCUUUCCCCGUCAUCGGCUGAGCCGUGUGCGCAUUCAGCCAGUCUCAUAGGAAAGCUUUCUCUGAAAAUCACAGUGAGAAGCGCGGAAGCGCCUCUAGCAGCUGUCAGUGAGACAGCCACUAGAGGCUGGAUUAACCCUAAAGUAAACAUAGCAGUUUCUCUGAAACUGCUAUGUUUACAGCAGAAAGGGUUAAUCCUAGCUGGACCUGGCACCCAGACCAUUUCAUUAAGCUGAAGUGGUCUGGGUGCCUAUUGUGGUCCUUCAAGCUGUAAGUGUUCUGGAUACUAUCGAGUCCCUUUAAAGUGCUUAUAAUAAGCAGGGGGCUCCAGCUAUUAACAAAAUAGUCUAAGUAUGGAUGAUCAAUUACCUGAGUUGAAGUAAUGUUUCUAAAAAAUAAGGUGCAUGAAUUUAGUUUAGUGAGCGUGUGUGCAAAAAAAAGUGUAGAUGAGACUUGUAAAUUAGACUUAUUAGACUUGCUACCCCAACACAUAUCCCAGCUGUGCUUUAUACUUGCUGUGAUACAAUUCUAGAAACAAAUGAGUGCAGUAAACUGUUUAUUUUUUUUUAUAUUGUAAAUUAUACACUAACAUGAGUAAAAAGUGUUUUUUAUAUUUCAGACGUCAGUUCCAUAUGGGCAAGUGUGUCUGAGUUCAUUGAAAAUCAAAUGGCUCUUCAAAAGGUAAUGUAUAUAAAUUAUAAGUACGACUAUUUAUAAAAUGAUAAAGUAUUUAUAAUUUAUAAGUACAAAUAGCUGAAUGGUCGAAGUACAAUGCACCUAGUCUGGGAAUAAAAUGUACGUUCCUUUUAAAGUGAAUCUAAGCCACAUAGCCAGUAUGUUGCAUAGUUAUUAUUAAUUACUGCUCAAAGAGUCUGCUGUAGCCAUUCAUUGUAGCCAUAUAUUAAUAGAUGAAGCCCCAACUAGAUUUUGUGUACUGAUUUCAUGCUAGAAUGGCAUGCAAUAGCAGUAAGAGAACAUGUCUACCCAAUUGGAGCUGAAACCUGUUGCUAUGACACACUACCAAAGGAAUAAAACUGCUCAGAGCAAAUAAUUCAAAUUACAGCCUUGGUGAUCCAGCCAUGGGGUUAGCUCCAACCCCUAGUAACAAGAGUCCAGCAAUUCUGUGACCGAAGCAUUGCCCUGUGUAAUGCUUCAUUGAAAAGCUUUUCAAUUCACUUUGCUGAGUAGCUGGACCUGUUGCUAUGUUUACCGUGGCAUGCAUGAAAUAUUAUACAGGAAUCUGCAACUCAACAAAUUGCCUGGAGAACAUCAGUCUUUUAGUGAUGCACCACCGCCACUGGAGGAACCUUGUUAGGCCUUUAUUGUGAUGGCAUGCCCUAUAUAGAUUUUGCCUUUAAGACGCUCACUUGCUAUUGUGAAGCUGUAAAAUUAGGAGUUUUGUACAAUGGUACAUAUUUUUCAUGUAGUCAAAGGGCUUCACAACUGUUCGCUCCUUGUCCCUAAAAGCUCCAGCACAAGAGUCUGGUUCUUGGAAACAUGUAGGUUUUUAUUUUGUGCAUCAUCAUACAUGGAUGGAACAAGGUUUUUGGUCUAAAUUACUUGAUAUUCUCAAAUGUAAUGUUCUUGGGAAACUUAAAGUAGUUCUGAGGUCGUGGUAUAAUGACAUAGUCCCAAAAAAUGACCAGAGAAUUGCACAUCCUAUUAAAGAUAUUGAUUAGAUAUCACCAAUCACCUUUAUUUUGUUUAUUAAGCCAGAAUGUCAUAAUUAGAAAGGGGGUAAACCGAAUUCCCUAAACAGUGAAUUGUAGUGAAUUUAAAACCAAACUGCAAAAUAUAGGCAAAAUAGUGCCGAUUUGGAAAAAAAAUUCAAACUUUUCUCAAAUGAUCAAUUACCCAUUUUUGAAAGAAUUUAGCAGUUUGGUUUUCUGUUCCCUGCCAAAUGGUGUUUAUAGCAUCUUAUUGUUUUAAUAGCAGUUUUCCCUAAGAGUGAUGUGUAUAUGUGAAUAAAGAGUAUGUUUUUUUCUCUCUCCCCCCUGUAGUCUUGUUUCUUGUCUUCCAAAAGUGAGAGUAUAAUCCUGUUGCAACGUAGGAAUAAAUAUAAAGUGCUCAGAUGGAAUUUCCAAGGAUCCUUUUUUAUACCUUUGUCUCUUUGUAAACGUCUUUAGAUAACUUAGAAUUCAACAACUUAUAGAGAGUUAUAUUUUAAUUAUUGUGAUGCGUUUUGUCUGACUUUCUGCUAUUACCUAUGUUUCUGCAGUUAUUUUGUAACACCCUAAAUACAAAUAUGUGCAGUAUGUGUAUACUAAAAUUGAGAACAGGAAAAGACAUAUCUUAAUGUUUGUUAAUUUUAGGGUGUACAAAUAUCGGGGCUUGGAACGUUGACUCAAUCAAGAUAUAAACUAGAAGUUGGCGGCAACAACAAAUUCAUCGUUGUGCAGAGGCCAGUGUUUCUGUUGUCUGAAAAGCUAGCACAGACGCACAACCUUAAGUAUAAUAAACUAUUUGUAACAGGUAAGCAAGAUAAAUCUCGCAGUAUUUAAAUAAAGUUUUUAAUUGUCUAAAUAGAAACAGAGUUUUGAGUGUGUAUGUUACAAGAACCUCAUCUAUCAGAGAGAGAGAGAAGGGACAGUCCAGAGCAUGGAUGGGUGAGACCAACAAUUAAAAUAGAAGGCAACAAUUGGAAGAAAAAGGGAGCGGAGAACUAUAGCAUUAUUAUUUGGAGUGGCUUAAAGGCUUAACGUAAUAUGAAUAUAAAUGGCUUGUAUUUGAAGUUGCACACUGAGAAAAGAUCACUUUAUCAGAACAAGUUAUGAGAUUUGCGUGUUACACAUUGUAAUGCACAAAUAAACAAGUUAUUUUAGAGACAUCAGAUGAGAAAAUCCUGUGCUUAUAGCACAGAUUUCACAAAUUUCUUGUUGGGUGUAUCAACGCACUUUAAUAAUAAGUAGAAAAUUAAUAUAAUCGAAUAGAUUCAAUACCAAAUAUAAGCGGUGUUGUGAAUUGCUGUGUCUGAUUACAGCUACAAUUUGUACUCAGUGUGAACAAAAAUCACACAGAUAAGGAAGAAGGGAUGGUAAAUUGCAGCAUGGGCAUGGCUCUGUAUUGGUCUGGGGAGACACCGGUUCCUCCUGCAGCAGGGAACAAGUUGAGUUAUCCUGUGGGGGCCAGAUCAGUUGUCAAACCAUGCUCAAAUUGUUUGACAAAUUACUCUGGGAGGGUGCCAGGGUACACCAUAACCACUUCAGCUGGUAUAAGGGAUUAUGGGGCAUGGAGUGAUUCUUUAAACAGAGCUGAGAUCCUCCAUAUUCAAGACUCUCACUCAGUAUUAGUAUAUAACUGUACUUUUUUGAUAAAUGUACAUGAGCCUGAUUAUAUAUUCCCCUCUCUCUCUCUUUUUUAUAUUUAGGAGAUAUUCCAGUUGUCCCUCUAAAUUACAUAGCACUGUCUUUGGAAAGCCCAUUUAGUAGAGACACAAUUGAGGGAUGCGUCAAAGAAACAAUCAGCAUUUUCUCACGUUCUAUUGCCAUAAAACAACAUGUGGAAUUUAAUUUCAAAGGCAUAGGGGUACUCCACAUCAGAGACUCAAAAGUCAAAAUGAAAUUUUUUAAAGACUUUAUUAAUUCUUUGGAUGGAAGUGGGAACCUGGUCAAGUCACUCUCAAAUGUAAGUUUCUGUUGUGUCAAAUUACUGAAUUAGUUUUUUUUCAUUUCUGUACAAUAUGCAAUAUAUAAUUUGUUGUUAGUAAUCUGCUGCUUAAUCUGUUGGGCUCUAAUACAUUGCUAUCAUACGGCCCCUACUGACAUCCAGGCUUUGGCAAUUAUAUUAUUAUUAAUAUUGGUAUUUAUGUAGAGUCAACUUAUUCUGCAGUGUUUAACCCCAUCGCGACCUCGGACGUAUCAGGUACGUCCAACAAAAAAACAAUCUUUAAGGACCGUGGACGUACCUGAUAAUAUGUGUGUGUAUGUGUGUGUGUAUAUAUAUAUAUAUAUAUAUAUAUAUAUAUAUAUAUAUCUAUAUCUUCUAUAUAAUGUCAUACUAAGUGUAUUUUUUUAUUAAUAUAUACAUAUAUUAUUAAUAUAAAAAUACACUUAGAGUAAAAUUACACACGUGUGUGUGUGUGUGUGUGUAUAUAUAAUUAUAUAUAUUAUAAUAAUCAAUAAAAAAGUAAAAAUAAUAAAUAAAAUGAACAAAAAAUACAAAAAAUAUAUAUAUGUAAUUUUAUUCUAACUGUAUUUUGAUAUUUUUAUAUAUAUAUAUAUAUAUAUAUUUAUAUCAAAAUACACUUAGAAUGAAAUUAUUUAUAUAUAUAUAUAUAUAUAUAUAUGUAUAUAUAAAUAAAUAAAAAUAUUACGAAAUAUACAUAAUUACAUAAAUAAUUUCAUAAAUAUACACCUAGACUUCAAAUAUAUAAAAUAUAUAUUUAAAUUCUACGUGCAUAUUUUUGUAAUAUUUUUACAUAAGUAAUUUUAUUGAUUGCAAUUUGGGGCACCUGCCUGACAGGCCAAAGGUCCAGAGAAUUUAAUUUGCUAGUACUAUAUUUAACCCUGUAACUUUCCAAGACACCCUAAAACCUGUACAUGGCGGGUACUGUUUUACUUGGUAGACAUUGCUGAACACAAAUAUUAGUGUUUCAAAACAGUAAAACAUAUCACAGCAAUGAUAUUGUCAGUUAAAGUUAAAUCUUUUGCAUUUUUCACACACAAACGGCACUUUCACUGAUGAUAUGUAUCACAUUGUUGUGAUAUGUUUUACUGUCUCCCGAGUAUAACAGUACCCCCCAUGUACAGGUUUUAUAGUGUUUUUUUUAAGGCUGUUUUUUCACAUUGAAAUUUGCCAGGUUGGUUAUGUUGCCUUUGAGAGCGUAUGGUAGCCCAAGAAUGAGAAUUAUCCCCAUGAUGGCAUACCAUUUGCAAAAGAAGACAACCCAAGGUAUUGCAAAUGGGGUAUGCUUAGUCUUUUUUAGUAGCCAUUUAGUCGCAAACACUGGCCAAAUUUAGCGUUCAUAAUUGUUUUUUUGCAUUUUUAACACACAAACAAAUAUAAAUGAUAACUUUGGCCAGUGUUUGGGACUAAAUGGCUACUAAAAAAGUCUGGACAUACCCCAUAUUGAAUACCCUUUUCAAAAAUAUAUGGUGUGACGGGGGUAAAUUACAUUGGUCGGCUUAAAAAAUGUCCCAAAUAGGACAUGGGUGCAUGAUGACCAGCUGUGAAAAUUCCAAGUUGGAAAACUGGAAUAUGCACCCUCGAAAUAAGAUCUUAUAGCCCCCAGAGAGCCAUACACACCUAUACAAAGGUGGUAUCACUGUACUCAGAGAUGUUGCUGAACAUAUAUUGGCAAUAACCCUUAAAGUUCUCCGUACAUGUAUUAUUACAUUGCUAUGUGUAUCAAAAUUUUUUGGCAUAGAUUGGUGGUAAAAUAGUUGCAUGAAAAGAGUCAAAAUACCCGAAGUUUAAUACCUUAGGUUGUCUUCUUUUAAAAAAUAUAUACACGUGAAGGGUUAUUCAGGGAUUCCUGACAGAUAUCUGUGUUGCAAUGUAACUUGCAUUCAAAAUGGUUUGGAAAUAGCAAAGUGCUACUUGUACUUAUAGCCCUAUAACUUUUCAAAAAAAGCUAAGAACAUGUUGACAACUCAGGGCAAAAUUUAGAAACUAUUUAGCACGGGUGUUUUUUUUUGGCGGUUGUAGAUGCGUAACAGAUUUUGGGGGUCUAAGUUCCAAAAAGUUUUUUUUUUAUAGUAAAUUAUGAUAUGAUGAAAAUAAUGGUAUCUUUAAAAAGACCAUUUAAUGGCGAGACAAACGGUAUAUAAUAUGGUGGGGUUAAGUAAAUGAGUAAGAGGAAAGUUACAGCUAAACACAAACACCGCAGAAAUGUAAAAGCAGCCCUGGUCCCAAACGGUAAGAAAAUUGAAAAGCGGUCUGGUCACUAAGGGGUUAAACAUGUAAACUAAGUUUUUGGAUUGGAGAUACACCACAUAAUACAAUUUGAAAAUAAGUUAAAAUAUUUAACAGUAAAAUAUAAAUAACAAGAGUUAUCGAACAUUAGGUGAAAGCUAGGCAACACAUCCCAGGAUACGUCACAGCUGUCGGACACAGACUUUAUAUACUAUGCCAUUAAUAUUGUGACAAUGGUAAGAUGUAUCCAGUAGCCAAGAAUUAAUAAUAUGAGUACUCAAAAACAGACAAUGAUUCAACACUCAAAAGUAUCUUUAUCUUUUCAAUGACGAAAUGUUGCCUGAAUACCACCAUUAUACCAGCUUGCCAUGUUGUGAGGCUUUCAUUAAUGUGUAGUAUUGAGGCGGUUCAGCUAGCAGGAAUCUUACCUGUGGCACAAGCACCAAAAAAUGAGAUUUCGAGUUACUGGCACCUUUUAUUUUUACUAAAGAAAUCCUUUAAUGUCAUCAAUAUAUCCAAAUCAGUAUAUCAAUAUCAACAGUGACCUAUUUUUAUAAGUUGUUUCCACCUCAAGGAUAAUGGCAAUAAUGCUAAGGGUAAUAGUCAUGUUGGAGAUAAGUGGAAAAAAGGGGGUGGCAAUUUAUAAUACAACAUCACCACCAAUCAAUAAUAGAUUUCUGAAAUGAAGCUGAAAAGGCUUAUUGACUUGCUUUAUAGUUAAAGGGAUCCUUUUAUUAGUAUCAAAAUAUAGCAGUGCGAUAACAAUACUAAACAUGUAAACCUGUAACCAAGGUAUUUGUAGAAGAACCAUGACUUCUGUGAUAUGUCCAUAAGGAGAGAGGGGGUUGGAGCAACACACUAUUCUACCUCCAAAUGAUUGAUGCAGGAGUUUAUGCACAAGGGCUUGAGGUGAGAAAAGUGCCAGAACAGAUAUUGUUGUAAUCAAACAUAUUCAAACCUCAUUGAAAAUCAGGUUUAUUGUGAAAAUUUACAGACUUUCAGCUGUUUGCAAUGAACAAAUCAAACAAAAGCAAUUGAAAUAGCUCCACACAAGAGGUUUCCUCAAAUCCAACUAAAAAUGCAACUUUUAAUGACUUCGCUAGUCUCAAAAUUAUUCAACCCCCUGAAUAGAAUCCCUUACAAAGGCAUAUAUAUUCAAAUCAUGUGUUGUGUCAAGCACAUUUGAUGCAACUAAUCAAUGGUUUUAUUCGUGUACUUGAGCUGGAACACCUGAAAUACCUGUACUGAAAUAGGGAUUUGUUGAGUGUCACGUUUUAUUACCUGUUAGAAAUAUGGCUAAGUGAAAAGAAUGGUCCACAAAGUUAAGAGAAGAGAUCAUCGCCCUUCAUAAACAAAGAACAGAAUACAAAAAGAUAGCGAAGCCACUGAAUGUUCCUAGAGACACUGUUGGAAGCAUAGUUCGCAGUUCAAAGUUGAAAGAACAGUGGUUACACUACCUCGAUGGGGCAGAAAGAGGAAGCUAUCAAUGGCUGCAACCGGAUUUCUGAGAAGACAGGUUGUGGAGAACCAUAGAGUGUCUGCAAAAGACCUGCAGCAAGACUUGGUGGCAACAAGCACUAAGAUUUCAGUGAGCACAGUAAGGCACGUACUAAAUGCAGAAGGUUUCAAUGCCAGAACUCCAAGACGUACACCACUAAUAACCCAAAAGCACAAAAAAAGUUGGCUCCAAUAUGCUCAAAAUCAUAUAAAUAAGCCACAGGAGUUUGGGUAUUCUUUUCUGUGCAGCGAUAAAACAAAACUGGAACUUUUUGGCCUAAUGGAUCAGUGGUAUGUCUGGAGGAAGAAGAAUGAAGAAUAUGCUAAAAAGAACACUCUGUGUACAGAUAAGUAUGGUGGUGGCUUGGUGAUACUCUGGGGCUGCUUUACAUACUCUGGAACUCAAAACCUGCACUUGUGGAAGGCAAGAUGGAUUUGUUGAAGUAUCAGGAAAUCCUAAGAGAAAACAUUAUGCCAUUGUUAAAGAAGCUGAAGCUUGGUCACCAUUGGACUUUCCAACAAGACAAUGACCCAGAGCAUACCUCUAAUUCCACCAACAUUUGGUUGAAGAAGUAGUCCUGGAAAAGCUGGUCUCUGGCUAUGCUUCCUGUUUCCAGCAGGUCAUGACAGCAAAAGGGUGCUCUUCUAAGUACUAGAUGGUUGCCAUGAAGGGGUUUAAUAAUUUUGAGACUAGCGUAGUUAUUAAAAGUUGUAUUUGAGGAAACCACUGGAAGCAUUCGUUGUGUUAAAAUAUUUCAAUUGCUUUUGCUCGAUUUGUUCAUUGCGAACAGCUGAAAGUCUGUAAAUUUUCAUAAUAAACUUGAUUUUCAAUGAGGGUUGAAUAAUUUUGAUUAAAACUGUACAUACAUUGACAGCUAGUAAAUCAGUGCAGUGUAUGGCUAGUACAGUUGAAAACACUCACACGGUAAUUUAACAACGUGAAUUUGAAAUAAGGCCACAAUAGCCUAACUAGAAGCAUAGCUGACUUAGAAUUGACUAAGAAUUUUCCCAGUUCAGCUUUUUUAAAUUGUAAAUUCACUUUGAAUAUCUCACUUCAGUAAAUGAAUCCUCCCGGUGUGUGCAGAUCACUCUUGAAGCUGAUUUGUAGCUACGAAAAUAUAUGGCAUUUCAAGUCUCAAGUUGCUGUAAAAUGAGAAAUCUAUUGAUAUUCAUGUUUUAGUAUCUCUGAGAGGUAGACUAGUUCAUUUUCUUUCAUAAAAUCUCACUUGCAAAUUGUGUGCCUCUGACAUGAAAGGGGCGCUCUUAGCACCAUAUACAGUUUACUGUAGUCAGGGCCGGCGCGUCCAUAAGGCGGCACAGGCGGCCGCCUUAGGGCGCACCGGCUCUGGGGGCGCAAUAUUUCAGUGACCGGCAGGAGGGAAGCUCUCCCUCCUGCCAGGCCACCUUUUGGAUCCCCGGCGCGGCGUGCGGCUGUGCUGUGAUCAGACGCGGCGAGGGAGCUCUAAUCUCCACGCUCUGCUCCCUCGCGCGCUGUCUGCUGAUACCGCGGGAGCCGGAAUAUGACGUCAUAUUCCGGCUCCCAGCCUCACUUUGCGGCGCGCGAGGGAGCUGAGCAGACCGCUCAGUUGAAGAGCUCCCUUGCCAGCCGCCCGCCCAGCAGCCACUGGACCACCAGGGAGGUAAUGAACCCCUUCCCCCCCCCAGCACUCCCAGAGGUAAGGAGGUGGGGGGGGGAGUGAAUAAAAAAAAAAAAUAAAGUGUUAAUGUGAGUGAGUGUGUGCUUCUGUUAAUGUGUGUGUGUGUGUCUGACUGUGAGUGUGUGUCUGCUAGUGAGUGAGUGUGUGUCAGUGUGUGUCUGACUGUCAGUGAGUGUGUGUUUGCCUGUUAGUCUGUUAGUGCGUGUGUGUGUCUGCUAGUGAGUGUUAGUGUGUAUGUGUGUCUGACUGUGUGUGUGUCUGCUAGUGAGUGUGUGUGUGUCAGUGAGUGUGUCUGUUAAUGUGUGUUUGUUAGUGUGUGUGAGUUUGUGUGUGUGUCUGCUAGUGAGUGUGUGUCAGCUUGUCUGUUAGUGUGUGUGUCUGACUGUUUGUCUGUUAGUGUGUAUGUGUGUGUCUGACUGUGUGUGUGUGUCAGUGUGUGUGUGUGUGUUUCUGUUAGCGAGUGUAUGCGGAUCUGUCAGUGAAUGUGAGUGUGUGUGCUAGUGAGUGUGUGCUAGUGAGUGUGUAUGUGUGUGUCUGACUGUGUGUCAGUGAGUGUGUGUCUGACUGUGUGUGUGUGUCUGUUAGUGUGAGUUUGUGUGUCAGUGAGUGUGUGUCUGUUAGUGUGUGUGUGUUUCUGUUAGCGAGUGUAUGCGGAUCUGUCAGUGAAUAUGUGUGUGUGUGUGUGUAUUUACUCUGGCGCGGUGGGGAGGGGGGGGUGCCUGAGUUUUGUCCUGCCUAGGGCAGCACAAAACCAGGAUACACCACUGACUGGACCCCAGGGAAUGAUUCAUCAUCCACACCAGCUCUCCAGGUAGGGAGGCUGGGUGGAAAAUGUUUAUUUAUUAAAAUAAUUAGUGAGUGUGUGUAUGCGUGUCUGUGUGUCUGUGAGUGACUGUCUGUGAUUGAGUGUGUGUGUGUGUGUCUGUGUGUUAGUGUAUGUGUGCCUGAGUGUCUGUGUGCCUGUGAGUGACUGAGUGUGUGCAUGAGUAAGUGUGUCUGUGAGUGCUUGUAUGAGUACUGCAUGUGAGUGUAUGAGUGUGGCAGUGUAUGUGUGUCUGUCAGUGUCUGUCAAAUCAGUGAGAGUAUCUUUGUCAUUGAGUCUGUGUGUGAGUAUCAGUGUGCCUGUCAAUGAAUGAGUGUGUGUCAGAUCAGUGAGUCUGUGUGUUUGUCAUUGAAUGUGUGUGACUGUCAGUGUGUAUACACCACUGAGUGUAGCGUGGUGGAACGCAGUACAGGAGUUUCUGUUUCCUGUACCCGGCCAGACUGACCGGAGGUGCUCACUGAGAGAGCACUUCCUGUCAGUCCGGCCAGGUACAGAAAAUUGAAGCUCCUGUAGGGGAUAUCCUCCACUCGGCAACGCUACAAGAGAGGUAGGAGGCACACCAGGAAGGGGAGUGCGACCACUAAGGGGGUGGAGGGUGCACCAAGGGACGGGGAGGGGAGGGGAGAGAAACACCAAGGGACAGGAAAAAGAGGGGAGAGCUUAGAAGAACACUAAGGGACAGGCAAGGGAGGGGACCACUAAUGGACGGGGAGAGGGGCUGGUUAAGAGGCACAUAGGUGAAGAUGUUAUUUGGGGGGGGUGGAAAGAUACAUCUUCGCCUAUGUACCGAAAAAUCAUUGCACCGGCCCUGACUGUAGUGCAUACAAUGCAGGGUGUCAGCCACCCUGUUAUCAGUCAAACCACUUUGGAGCAGUUUGACAAAAAACGGUGCUCCUCUGGUAUCCAUAGCCUGGUCUUCUCCAGACAUUCAGGCAGCAAUAAAUUGUAACUGUUCUUUUCAACAAAGCAAUUGGUCAGUGUGGACAGAUUUCAAACACUGCCUUUAUUCUGCAAUAUACUUAUUCAAUGUUUAGACACUUGCUCUGAAUUUAAAGGAUGUAAUUAUUGCUCUAGCGCUGAUUAAGGUGCUAUGAUGAAGAGUUUAUUUGGAUAUUAAUGUUUUACAGAGACCAGGCACAUGCGAUUCAGUGAUGUCAGGACGAGACAGUGACUUGCAGUGUCCACGUUCUAGUAGUGCCCUCUUAUUUCCCAGGUAAGUUAUCAAAGCUAAAUGAAAAUGCCUGUAUAGUAAUAGGUCAACUAAUCGAAGUUAUUCACCAGUGCACUAGAGGGUCCAUGGCACACUCAUUUGAGACACUCUUCUACUCACCAAGGCUAAAUUUCAGUCACUAUUGGCAAGUGGAAAUUUUCAGCCACAAACAAUUUUUCUUUUUGAUAUGUGAGCAAGAUACAUGUAAAAAAUAACGUUGAAUCAGAAUAUGUUAGGUUGGUAUACAAGAUCAAAAUAUAGUACUAGUCAUAUAAAAUUCUGAAUGAGAGGGGUGGAGCCGGCACCUGCACAAGCUGGACGUGUAUCUGUGCAGCUCAGAGAGCUUGUCCUGAUUAACGCGGCUCCCUCCAGCCACUAACUUCCCUACAAGGAUCCAGUGGGGCUCCUUGACUCCUUCUCACAUGGGGAAGAAAAGUAAAAAAUACCGAGCGGAUCCAUGAUCAGGCUCCAGAGAUAUUGGAGCGUUUCUGCAUCCGACUGUGCAGCCUGCAUCUUCCAAGAUGGCGCCGGCUGGGGCCUACCCUACCCCAUCGUCGGAUGACAACAGCCUCCAUGAUCUACCUCCUACUUCAUCCUAGGUACGCUCCGUGCCUCGGGUAUCUUUGGAGGAGGGUGAUUUUGCUCCCUCUACUAAAACAGACAUACAAGCAUUGAGGAAGGAUAUCAAAGCCAUGUUUCAGGCAGAUAUGGCACUAGUCCGGGAGGAAGUUACCACACUCACGAGCAGAGUGGAAGCAAUGAAAGGAGACAUGGGAAGCACCAAACUGGCACAAUCUGCCACAGAUGCUGCUCUAGGUUCAUUACAAAAGAAAUGUGACGACCUGACAGCACAACUGGCUAACACAGAAGACAGGGCUAAAGCACGCAAUGUUCCCAACGCCAUCUCAAACGCUGAGUUACCCCAUUACUGCAGGAGGCUUAUUGCUACACUACUGCUGCCAAAACAGGCCAAACAGCUUGUGGAUGGAUUUCUGCUUACGUCUCCCAAAGGCCUCCAAAGCACCCCAAGGCGCACCUACGGAUAUAUUGCUCAAGUUUGUAUGGGACUCUGAUCAAGGGGAUAUCAUGGGCGCUGUUAAAGGCUCUCCCACAGUACCCCUCGUUCCGACCUGUUACAUAACUACUACAAGAGCAUUUCAUCCCAUACAAGUGGGGCCCGCACAGACUGAUGGUGGAAAGGAACGACAAGACGCAUCUCCUGCUGAACGUUUCGGAGGCACCAACAUUCCUCCAGUCCCUAGGUCUACCAACAGAAACCGUUAAAAAGGAUGCACGACCAUCUUGGACGGUGGAGAGAAUUACUCGCUUUGUGCCCAGAAGAGCAGCACUGGGGACUACUGACUCCCCUACCUGAUGCCUAGGGCGACUGAUAUCAUUGUCAAAUAUAUAAUUGUUCAGUUCUUUUAAGUCACUUGAACAUGUUAAGUUCACAUUACGGGUUUAGGUGGAGUAGCGCAGCUUACUUACUUACUUGCAGUAUGCGUAGCACGCAGUCACCACAUUACUUUGUAAAGCCGUAGGUACAUAAUGCCUUGUACCAGUCCCCCUAAAUCACAGCUAUAAUUAUUUAUACUUUGGCAUGCAGGGUUUUGCAGUUAAUAUAAAUGUAAAAAUAGGUCAAUACUGUGACGUGAUUGUUGUACAAUUUAUAAAUGCAUUGAUAUUUUCACUUUACACUUGUGAUGUGCUAAGAUUUCAACGCUAAAAAAAUUAAGAAUAAAAAAAAAAUUCUGAAUGAGAAAGACAUCUCUUGUCUAAUUCUGUCUCAAUCUAUCAUGAGAAAUACUAGACGUAUUGACUGCGAAUAACAUGCUAAAUGUUGGGCUGGAGCUGCAGGGAAUGGAACUUGAGUACAUACUUAGCAACAUUAGUAAGGGCAUUGGAGGGCAUAGAAAUGCGAGGUGGUGUCAACUAUCCUUAAAUGAACACCUAAGUUAAACAGUCUAUUUAUCCAUGGUAGUAAGUCCAGUGUCAGCCAAUAGUCAAGGUAGUAAGUCCAGUGUAAGCUUGUAUUUUUGUCCCGGUUCGGGAAUGUAGGAUGGUGCUGAGAGAUGUGGCAAGACAGGAGUGAGGAAGGGUGUCACUCAAGCCCUAGGCCUCAAGACCCACAUAUUUGAGCCAUAGUCUGGAGUGCUCUUAUAGCCUGUCGAGAUAUUGGAGAAGCACCUGGUGGUCUGCCGCCACGGGCGGUGGUUGGUCUUCCGCCUAUGUGGUUGUUGCAACAGGGUGACUCCCCAACCGGCCCUCAGUGUAGGCAGACUAAUACCUCUCACUUCUUCGCUCUCUCUCCUGAUGCCGAGUCGGUAAAGUCAUUAUACGAGCUUUAAGUUUUGCUCAAAAGCGUUUGAAUAUCACUUCCAUUCGCUUCAUCAUUUGUUCAGCUAUGCUAUGUUGGGCCUUCUCUGGCUGUGUCAGCUCAUGCCAUAUCUUGUGUAGCCUCGAUUUUGGUAAUCUGGUGGCAGAGAAACUUGUGAGAGGUAAGCAAACUAAUAACCUCUGGAGCCUGAUGUAGUGGUUAUGGUGCCAGGGUUGCCCUGGCGCUCUUCCAGGGUAAAUAGUCAAACCACUUAAUAACAGUUUGAUAACUUACCUGGGGUCUGCUGGGCACCAGUUGCCUCCUCCCUUAAACCCGAAGCUUGAGCUAAGCCCUGCAGUGAGUUAUCUGAGCACUUGCCGCCAAUGGGUGCCUCUCUGCACUGCUGGGCUUUGGCUGGAACAUCUGGCUGGAAAGCGAGUGGCAGCAGGCACCCAGUGGACUCAAGGUCUGUUGUCAAACACUUUGACUACUUGAACUUGGAGGGCACUUUUGGCAUCAUAACCACUAUGCUUGGAGUAUUUUUUUAUUUUUUUUAAAUUCUUUAUUUUUGGUGCAGAUUUGCAUGCGAUGUACAUACAUUCUUUGCGUUUUGGUCUGAUACAUGUGUAAACAUCUUAUGUAACAUCAUAUGUUUGUGGUUUAUGUCUGGUGAGCGUGUGGCACAUUUUUAGAAGUGUGGUGGACUGUCGGGUUGUUGCGAGUUGGUCAAUAUAUGGGUUAAUAAACCCCCUCUAUGAGUGGUGCUGCGGAGUUUGCGUGCCAGUGAGCUUUGCGGUGUCUAGGUCGCUCGGGUGUAUGUAGAAGGGUGUUGGUGUCUCUGUUGUGUCGGCCCCACUAGGUGGCAGAGCUGUGGUUCCAGGUGAUAUCUCGGUUCCAUCUCCAGUGAGUGCGCUAUCUCUAUGAGGUAGUACUAGUGGUGUAAGUCCUAUCGUGUGUCCCUCAUCUGUGUGUUUGGUCCCUUGUCCCCUUGUCUUUUUCUCCCUGGCGUGUCGGAACUAUGGGGGGGGAGGGAAGAGAGUUCCUGAGCAUAGUGUGAGCGCUGUGUGUGUCCUUUGGGUGUUUCAGCAAAGCAGAGUGACUGUGCAUUAGUGUGUGUAAGAGUAGGCGAAUUAAGCGAAACUUGUAGUGUUAAGAUGCAGUGUUACAAUUGCAAAACUUUGUAACUAAGAAAGUCACGUAUGUGCCACUGCAACAUGAGAUGGCCAGGCAUGUUAUUUGGUUCAGGUCUUUGGCCUCCUGCCUCUUCCGGGGUUGGGUGAAGACAUGUCCGAGUCAGUGUCCAUUCGGGGUUGCGUAUUUGGCGGUUCGUGAGUAGGGUUAGGUUGCAAGUCCAGUGCCGCCAAGAGUGCGGGAGCGUCUGCAGGGUCUGUGGCCUUAUAGAACUUUCCGUUUUUGGUGACCGACAUUAUGUGCGGUUUCGCCCAUCUGUAGGUCAGUCCUUAUUUUUGUAGGGUCUGCGUGAGGGGUUGCAUGGCUUUUCGCCACUGUAGUGUGGCUCUACUAAGAUCUUGGAAGAAGGAAAUUUGACAGUUCUCAAAGUUAUAUGGUGUCUUCCCUUUUAUUGCCGCUAGCAGGCUUAACUUGUUGGACAUCGCUAGACACCUCAGGAUUAUGUCUUGUGGUGCAGUUUCAGGGGCCUAGGGGAUUUGGCUAUUCUGUAUGCCCCAUCAAAGGAGAAGUACUUGGCUUCUCUUGCUGGCAGUAGUGAUGCCACCAGCCUUCUUAUGAAGUGUGGCAAUUCUUCUAGGGGUAUGGACUCUGUUACUCCCCUUACCUUUAUGUUCUUUCUCCUGCCCCUCGUCUUACCCUGAAGUGUGUCUUGCAAUUCUUCGUUUAGGGGUCAUGGACUCUGUUACUCCCCUUACCUUCGGAACUAUGGGGGGGGAGGGAAGAGAGUUCCUGAGCAUAGUGUGAGCGCUGUGUGUGUCCUUUGGGUGUUUCAGCAAAGCAGAGUGACUGUGCAUUAGUGUGUGUAAGAGUAGGCGAAUUAAGCGAAACUUGUAGUGUUAAGAUGCAGUGUUACAAUUGCAAAACUUUGUAACUAAGAAAGUCACGUAUGUGCCACUGCAACAUGAGAUGGCCAGGCAUGUUAUUUGGUUCAGGUCUUUGGCCUCCUGCCUCUUCCGGGGUUGGGUGAAGACAUGUCCGAGUCAGUGUCCAUUCGGGGUUGCGUAUUUGGCGGUUCGUGAGUAGGGUUAGGUUGCAAGUCCAGUGCCGCCAAGAGUGCGGGAGCGUCUGCAGGGUCUGUGGCCUUAUAGAACUUUCCGUUUUUGGUGACCGACAGUAUGUGCGGUUUCGCCCAUCUGUAGGUCAGUCCUUAUUUUUGUAGGGUCUGCGUGAGGGGUUGCAUGGCUUUUCGCCACUGUAGUGUGGCUCUACUAAGAUCUUGGAAGAAGGAAAUUUGACAGUUCUCAAAGUUAUAUGGUGUCUUCCCUUUUAUUGCCGCUAGCAGGCUUAACUUGUUGGACAUCGCUUGACACCUCAGGAUUAUGUCUUGUGGUGCAGUUUCAGGGGCCUAGGGGAUUUGGCUAUUCUGUAUGCCCCAUCAAAGGAGAAGUACUUGGCUUCUCUUGCUGGCAGUAGUGAUGCCACCAGCCUUCUUAUGAAGUGUGGCAAUUCUUCUAGGGGUAUGGACUCUGUUACUCCCCUUACCUUUAUGUUCUUUCUCCUGCCCCUGUCGUCUAGUGUUAAAUCCAUAACCCUGGCUAAAUUUUGUGUGUGUCUUGCAUUGAAUCUAAACUUUUAAACCGUUUACAGGUGUUCCAUCUUUAUUCAACUCUUCCAUGUAAAUUCAUAAGCAUGCACAUUGAUUUCCUAUUUUAGGAUUGUGGUGAAAGAGGUGGACAAUGCUCCAAUCAUGGAAACAAUUGAAGAAGAAAAUGUUGAAGCAGACUGCACAGAAGGGCAAACGUCAAAUGAAUAUAUGGACAAAGAGAGUCAGGCAGAAGAAGAUCUCACAAGGAAAAGAGGUUUGUCAAAUCUGGACAGUAGUGUCAUCAUACAUUGACUCUGUCUGGAAUAAAUGUAUUUCACCCUUAUUCAAAUAUAAACUAUGAGGUGUUGCACCUAUUCAAUUAACUAUAAAGUAGAUUUACAAUGCUUUCAGAAAAUAUUCAGAUGCCUUCAUUUUGAUUUUUUUUUUAUGUUGCUGCCUUAUGCUGCCAUCUCCAAUUGUUAAAAUAUUUCAGAUUAAUCUACAUUCAAUAACCCAUAGUGACAAUCCAAAAAGUAGAUUUUUUAUACCAUUGCAAAUAUAUUAAAAAAUCCCCUCCUCACCCCCGAAAUAUCUAAUUGAUAUAAGUAUUCAGACCCUUAUUAGCUGAAGCACCUUUGCAGUAAUUACAGUGUCAAGUCUUUUUAGGUAUAAUGAAACAAGCUUUGCACAUCUGCAUUUAGUUAGUUUUUGCCAUUCAUCUCUGCAGAACCUCUCAAGCUCUGUCGGGUUGGAUGGGGACCAUUUGUGGAUAGACAUUUUUAGGUCUCUCCAGAAAUGUUUUAUUAGGCUUAAGUUCAGGCUCUAGCUGGGUCAACCAAGGACAUUCACAGAGUUGUCCCUAAGCCACAUCGCCUUCUCUUGGCUAUGAGUGUGGCAAACCCUGCCACUAGAACUGACUAUUCUGUGCGAAUGAAAGACUUUUCACCAAGGGAAUAACUCACCGAAUAGACUUUCUUGGUAUAUUGCUGUUUUAGACGAAUUGCCCAAACUACCGAACGUAAGACCACCCCGGGGCGGUCGUGUGUUGCUAAUUAACGGAUCGAUACAAUGUUGCGAGGGAAUUAAGUGCCUGUAUGUGUGGCCGCCAUUUCGCAUACCGAACACGUGUCGGCGGCCAUAUUACGCACGAACAGCGGUACUUGGUUGUCGAACGCCUGGAACUCAUACCGGGCAUUUGGCUAACCAAGUACCGCUGAGACCUCCAGCAUGCUCCGACAGCACGAAUUAAACACACGAACGCCCCAGCGUUCGGUAGAUAGAUUCCCCUAAACAAGGGGAUUCGUGCAAAGGCUGGCAAUCGCAUGGAUGGCUAUGUCAUUCGGUAAUUUUAAUUCACUGAAAUAGACCAACCGCAGGAAUUCAUGGAACUGUUUUCGGAUACUGAGUCCCUGCGGUCGGUCAAAACUGUAAUUGUCUGUAACUCCCGAACCCCUGGUCCGAUCUGGGUGAAUUUCGAGUAUGUUGCUCACCCAGAUCAGACCUACCAGGGGACCCCUUAUUUGUCCUUGUAACCCCAGUAUUUAGGGGACAUCCAGAAAGUGGGGAAAACUGUGUCUGCACUAAUUGGUUUAACUGUUAAUCUAAGGGGAGGAGAAGGAGGGGAGGUGACCGGGUUACAAUUGGCUACUGUAAGAAUUAUGAAAGUUACCUCCCUUGCAUGGGAGAAAUGCAUAAAAAGAGACCUGUGAUUAAAGCUGGCAGUUGACUCCCAGACUAUGUGUCGUCUAGUCCUUGGGGAGGUGGAUUAUGCUGUGUUCCUGUGAUUUUGUAUGCUGACUCUUUGUUCCCAGCGGAGAGCCCUUGGAUUAACCCCUGCUCCUCCGCUACAAUGAGCUUAGGGUCAUUUUCCUUUUGGAAGAUGAACCUUUGGCUCUGUCAUAGGUCCUGAGCACUCUGGCCCAGGUUUUCAUUAAAGAUGUCGCUAUAUUUAUAUUUUGCUGUGUUCAGUUUUACCUCAACCCUAACCAGUCUCACAGUCACUGCUGUAGUAACCCCCCCCCCACAUACAAAGCAUUAUGCUACCACCAUUGGGAUGGUAUUGCUCAAGUGAUGAGCGAUGCCUGUUUCCUCCAGACAUGCCUCUUUGAAAUAAAACCAAUCAGUUCGAUCUUUGUUUCAUAAGACCAGAGAAUCUUGUUUCUCACAGUGUGGUAGUCCUUUUGGUACUUUAUUUUUGCAAACUCAGCCGAUGACGUCAGAAGAGGGAGGAGAGUUCUCAGCGCCGAAGGAGCCCGGCGCUGGAAAAGAGGUAAGGGAUUAACCCCUUCCUCCCCCUUUAGCGCCACGGGAGUGGGACCCUGAGGGUAGGGGCACCCUCAGGGCACUAUAGUGCCAGGAAAAAGAGUAUGUUUUCCUGGCACUAUAGUGGUCCUUUAAGAAUUGUGGAGGCCACUGUGUUCUUGGGAGCCUUCAAUGCAUUUAUGACCUCAUGCUCUAAUAUGCAUUUAGAGCUGUGAGAACUCAUAUAGACAAGUGUGUGCAUUUCCAAAUCAUGUCCAAUCAAUUUAAUUUGCCACAGAUUGACUCCAAUCAAUACGAAGAAACAUCUCAAAGAUGAUUCAGAGAAAUGGGAUGCAUAUUGGCUAACUUUCAAGUGUCAAAGCAAAGGCUCUGAAUACCUAUGUCAAUGUCAUAUUUCAGUUUUCAAAUAUCUGAUUUUUGCUUAGUCGUUAUGGAGUAAUGAGUGUAGCUUGAUGUGAUUGUAGCAUAAGGCUGCAACAUUAAAAAUUUAAAAAAAGUGGUCUGAAUGCACUGCGUUUCAGGUAUGGAGAGGGCUGUAGAUAUACCUAGGUGAGAAAUUUCAUUUAGCAAUGUGGUAUGAAUCGAUUGUUUAUAAAUAAAGCAAGAAGAGUUUGUUGGAACAUGGCUACUAUAUUUGCAGUCAUAACUAAAUCCUCAUAUUUUUUGCUAAGAUAGGUGAUUUUAAGUAGCUUUGUAAGGUUUAAAAUUGCAUACAGUGGCAGUAGAGGGGAGAUGCUCAUUCUAGUGAUGGACAACCAGGGACUUAACAGUUCUUGCUUGUCCCGCUUGCGGUACUGUCAGUUAUUCUCCAUAAAGGUUGUCCUGUGCUGCGGUGGGAAUGGCUCAAGUUGCUACCCAAGUGUAACUAAUUUUUCUGUGAAAUGACAGACUAAAAAAAGCUCUACUACAACACGAGGGUUCAAGAUGGAACAAUGUUUCUAUUCGCGUUUCCAAAUAAGCUAUCAUUACAAAGAGGAUAGAACAUGGUCCUUUCGUAAGCCUUAAGACUACACGCCUAAAGACUAAAGUGCAUCUUCCAUCCAUGAAAAGCAUUGUAAAUUCGGACACCAAAUCAAUAGUAGGAGGAAGAUUGCAAAGGUUUAUGGAGCACUAGGGUUGGGCCUUACCAUUCAGAACUCUGUUCCUAUGACAAGUAAAACCUAAAUCCAUCUGCAAAAAUCUAAUUUCUAGGUCUGGGGUUAACUUUGCAAGUCUAUGUUUGGUUCUUCAGCCAACAAAAAAAGAUUACGGAUAUACAAAGCAAUCAGAAACAUAAAAAACCCCAAAACAUUCUGCUCCAUAAGACGAGUUAUCAGUUUGCUAAGCCUUCUCAAAUCCACUAUUUCUGCAGUCAAGUGGGCAAAAGCUCAUGUAAGAGCAUUACAGUGAGAAAUUCUGCCAGCCUGGAAUUGAACAGAGAUCCAGAAGGCUUGGACUGGGACACUAGAGUAUCAGAAACACUUUAAAAUAUUUAAAUUGGUGGAUAAAAUCAUGGUACCUUCUAGAAGGUCUAACCUUCAAGCAGCAGCACUGGGUCAGAAUAAUUACAAACUCUUCAGGAAUAGAAUGGAGAGUUAAUCUGAAUUCCAUCAUGAACACCUCAACAUCAGGGAAACAAAGGUGAUGCAUCGAGACAUGGACUCCACAAAACCUCAGAACGUGUCUGGCACCAAGACAUUGACAUUAGAUUCUUUAAGUUCUCCAAGUUGCGAGUUGUGGGAGCCUCCAAGGAUCGCAUUUGUUCUAGCACACCCCACAAAUGUUCAAUCUGAUUGAGAUCUGAGGAAUUUGGAUGCCAAGGCAACACCUUGAACUUUUUUUCAUGUUCCUCAAACCAUUUAAAUUUUUGCAGUGUGGCAGGGUGCUUUAUCCUGGUGAAGAAGGCCACUGCCACCAGGAAACACCAUUGCCAUGAAGGAGUGUACAUGGUCUCUGUGGUACAUGUCAAAGUAACAACCACGUGAAUGCCAGGACCCAUGGUUUCCGAGCAGAACAAUGCCCAGAGCAUAACAGUGUCUCUGCUGGCCUGCGAUCUUCCCAUACUGCAUAAUGCUACCAUCUCUUUCCCAGGUGCAUAACGCACAAGCAGAUGGCCAUUCACCUGAUCUAAAAGAAAACGGGUAAAGAAGGAAUAUACAAGAAAGGCUUAAUAUCCCUUUUAUAAAUGCAUCUAAGUUAAGAAACCUCCAUAUGAUGACCAUUAAGAUACAUUAACGAAUGGGAAACAGACUUCACUGAGACCAUAGAAGGUGGAGAAUGCAAAGUAAUUUGCAAAGUAAUUUGGGAAGCAGCCACAAAAUUCUCAGCUGUGUCUUAUUCAAGAACAAAUGUUUAAAAUUUUAUUCAGAUGGCAUAUAAAUAGAAUAGGUAAAAAUCCAAAAGACCUCUGCUGGCAACUUGCGGACAUUGGACUUUGGAGGCACAUGUUUAUACAUGUGGUGGGACUCCCCAAAAAUACAUAAUUUUUGGAUGAACAUAAGGGAACAUAAGGGACCUAGUCACAAAGGGCUUAAAAAGACUGAUUUAUCUCUCUCUUUGGACCAGUUGAAGGAAUUCCAAGCCAUUACCGUUUGAAUUAAAUCACACUAGCAGCUCAGAGGGUCAUUGCAGCCAUUGCGGUCAUGGAUGAACUGACUUUGAAAGUCAAACAUUCACAAACUGCAUUUUCUAAAGUUUGGGAUCCCUCAAGAGAAUUUACCUCUAACAGGUUUUCUUCAGCUAAUUGUGAAAGACUUUUUUUUUUAUACUUAUUUUUUCUGUUAUUUUCCUCUUUCUUCUAUUUCUUUUUUAAUUCUUUGCUUAUUAAAAUUAUUAGCGCAGAAUAAUGAUCUUAAUACAACAGAAACAUAAUGUCUCAAUAAUAAACACAGUAAGAAGAAGGUAUUCAGUGUUUUAUUCAACAAGCAUAUUAUGUGUCUUACGUACUUGUACACUGUAUUUAUAUUUAAAUGCCUCUCCUAAAUGAAGACUUUGAAGAGAGCUAUAUUAAGAGCAAAGCAUACUAUGGCAAAGAAAUAGCAAUUUCAUCCAUCCUUUUUCACCUUUUUGAUCCACAGAAAUUUCAACUCCAAAACGCUUGCUCAAUCGACCGCACAUUGUGCCAGCCAAAUUAACUGGAAUAAGCUUUAGUGAGGAAUUGGAGAGAAUAAUUAAGCCAAAGACAGCACCAGAAAGGUAAGCAAGUGAUUCUAUGAGUAAUAGUUUCUUCAAGCUAUGCAGUAGCACCUGGAGGCAUGCAUUUGGGGAGUCACAUUGGCUGUAGGAAUUCAUAGUCUGUGGGCCACACAUCUUGUAAACUAAGAGCAAAAUUUGAUAUCCCCUCUAUAUUCAAAUGUACCUUUCAGCCCAGGGAGCAAGGACAGCCACAGAGCCCAGUAAAAUUGAGACUUGCAGCGAAACUUGAAACAUAGAUGCUCUUACAAACUAUGCAGCUUUUUUCAGUGAAGGUAAUUUAGUAGCCACUCCCAAACACACAAUGCCACAGAGAUGUAAUACCGGCAAAGGUAGUGUGAUGGGGGCAUUCUCAGUGCCGGAGAGGAGGUAAUAUCACAUUAAACACUAAUAUAUAUUAGCGAUCAUUAUGAUCAAUGAUACACUAUAUGGACAAAAGUAUUGGGAUACACCUCUUUAUUAUGGAAUUCAGGUGUUUAAAUGAGACUCAUUGCCGCAGGUGUUUAAAAUUAAUCGCAAAGAUAAAAGUGCAAAUAUAAAUUAAUCAACUAGCCAUGCAAUCUGCCUUUACAAACAUUUGUGAAAAAAAUAGGUUGUUCUGAAGAGCUCAGUGAAUUCAAGCAUGGUACUGUGUUAGGAUGCCACCAUUGCAAUAAGACAGUUUGUCCCAGCUAGAUUGUCAACUGUAAGUGGUAUCAAUGGAAAGUUGAAGCAUUUAGGAACAGAAGCCACUCGGCCACGAAACGGAAGACCACAUAAAGUCACAGAUCGUGGUCACGGAGUGUGGCAUGGUUUGUAAAAGUCAACAACGCUCUGUUGAUUCUAUAACUGAAGAGUUCCAUUGGUAUUAAUAUCACUAUAACUGUGCUACGGGAGCUUCAUUGAAUGGGUUUCCAUGGCCAAGCAGCUGCGUGCAAGCCUCACAUCACCAAGUACAAUGCCAAGCAUCGGAUCGAGUGGUGUAAAGCAUGCCACCACUGGACUCUGGAACAGUGGAAACGUGGAGUGAAAAAUCAUGCUUCUCUGUUUAAUAACCUGAUGGGUGAGUCUGGGUUUGGCGGAUGCCAGGAGAACAUUAUUUGCCUGACUGCAUUGCGCCAAGAUUAAAGUUUGAUGAAGGAGGGAUAAUGGUAUGGGGUUGUGUUUUAGGGGUUUUGCUAGGCAUAUUACUUCCAGUGAAGGUAAAUCUGAAUACUUCAGCAUUGCUCUGCUUCCAACUUUGUGGGAACAGUUUGGGGAAGACCCUUUUUCUAUUCCUGCAUGACUGUGUCCCAGUGCACAAAACAUGGUCCAUAAAGACAUGGAUGGCUUAGUUUGGUGUGGAAGAACUUGACUGGCCCGCACACAGACCUGACCUUAACCCCAUCAAACACCUUUGGGAUGAACUAGAAUGGAGAGUGCGAGUCAGGCCUUCUCAUCCAACAUCACUGCCUGAGCUCACAAAUGCUUUACUGGAAUAAUUUGUGGGGAACACUCCAAAAUUAACAUCUCCAGUGGAAAGCCUUCCCCGAAGAGUGGAAGCUGUUAUAGCUUCAAUGUGGGAACCAACUACAUGUUAACAUCUAUGUAUUUAGAAUGAUGUCAUAAAAAUCUCUGUUGGUGUACUGGUCAGGUGUCCCACUACAUUUGUCCAUACGGUGUAUGUUCUUUGCCUAAGGGGCUUCAAAUGAACCUGUCAUGAGAGGUUCAUUUUAAAUACUGCAAAUUUUAGUCCAACAAUUCCAAAUUAAAGCAGAAAUGCAGCUUCUCUGGAAAUCACACCAUUGGAUAAAACAUUAAAAAUCACCUAUAACUUUUGUUAACCUUUUAUAUAUGUGACAUUCUGUUUUCUUUUAAAUUGUAUAUUAAACAGGUGUUCACAAACCUUUCACCAUAUUGAUAUUUAUUUUUGUUUAUUGUUUUUACACUUAACACUGGAAACCGAAUAGGCAAAACUCCCAAACAACCAAGCGUGCUUACUGGUUUUCCGUUCACUACAAUGCAGAGCUCGGUGAAUAAACCCCAGUGUGUCGCUUGUAAGGGAACGUUUUUUGUUUUCCUUCAGUAACAUUAUACAUAAAGUGACUUCUAUCUGAAUGCGGGGCAUUUGUCAGUAUUCUUCAUAUCUUUGUGUUCCAGCUCAUUUAACCUUUGAGAACAAGCGAUGCCCUUACUUAUUAAGAGAUGCCUUGAGUCUUCAUUCUUGCAUGACUCAUAAACAAUUAAUUCUAGCUGACAAAAUGUUCUCCUAAUGGUUUUAAAUAUUUCAGCAGCUAUAUGAGCUUUACUCAAAAGUAUCGUCUGUCAGUGAGAUGCUGAAAGGUGUAUAAAGAGAAUUCAAUUAAGAAAGAUUAAGCAUGCAAUAGAGUUUUGUGUCAAGGCAGCGAUAAACCUUUAUUACUCAGUGAAAUGUAAGCCAAGUCACAUUAUGGCCAGACUUUACUGUUGUGUAUUUACAUUGCGGAACAAAUGAAUGCUCUAUCUCAUGCUCAUUUUACUUGUUUUCAUUCUGAACAAAACCAUUAUUAACAUCUAUAAUUUACUCAGUAAUCUGGUUACCUCUGGUAGCCCAGUGUGCUCUCGCACUCAUCUGAGAGGAUGAGCUAAAGCAACUACCCCCAAAGAAAUGUAACUUUUAUAUAGUGAAGGUCUCUGGCAUCCUCAUCAUAUUGAUGCAUAAUAACAUUACAAUAUGUGUAAGGUCCUUUGGCCAUAAACAUUUUGUAAGUUUCUAACUAAAAUGUCAAUGGACUAUGCAAGAAAUUUUAUGGUAACAUUCUAAAAGUGGAGCAGUGACCAAGAAAACUAAUGAAAAGUUCGAGUAGUUCGCUUCUCUUGGUGGUUCACUCAAUGCUACAUUAUGAUUGGCUGGCUUUAUGUCUACUUGGACUAUAACAGAAGGCCCCUUAAAAAGUGCUGACUUUGGAAUGAGAGCACAUGAUUUCCAGGGGAUAGAACGCACAGGACUACAAUGGGCCACUCACUUAUACAAGGGUGAAAACUUCAUAUCUUUUUGGGAUUUACAGCAUAGAGCACCACUAAAGCCCGCUGAUAUUUUUUUUUGCUACCUUCAGAUUAAAGACUUUGCGCAAGAAAGAUUUGUUAGGGAUGCUGCACUGACACAGGUGAAAUUUUCUGUGAGGUUGUGUCUUUGUGAGUCCUUUUCCAAAGUUCCUGAUUAUGCGCACUUGAGCUCCAACACCAAGGAAUGGGGUAGACUACAUUACACCGAUCACUGGGAAUGUCCCUUAGGGGAGACCCUGGAAAGCAUUGAGUGGCAGGAAACGCUUCGUCUAUUUGUGUUUCUUUGCAGGAACAGUCUUAUAAGACCAUGUUCUAUUGGUAUAAUAUACCUGUCAAACUCUUUCAUAUGCAUAAAGUACCAGAUGAUUUGUGUUGGUGGGGGUGUGGUCAAAGGGGUAUGUACAUCCACAUGUGGUUGAGGUGCUCAGAAGUUCAAACGUUCUGGAACAAAGUCAGAUACCUAUUGUCCAAUGUCUUUCAGAGGCAGGUUGAAGUGGACCCAUGAGUAUUCUAUUAUCUGGGUCACUAGACAACUGGACAAAAAUAGAAUAAAAACUCCUCCAUAAAUCGACCCUUGCCACUAGGCGAGCAUUAACCCAAGCCUGGCUGAAACCUAUCCCACCUCCCAUGGAAGCAGUGGUACAAAAGAUAAGAUACCUGUCUAAUGGACAAAUUGAUAGUCAUAAACACAAUGUCUACGAGAUUUCAAGCAGAUAUUUAGCUUCUUGUAGCACAUUCUCAUACCAAUGUUUUUGCUCAUAUCUCCUUUUUGUUUCGAUACUUCUAUUUUUUUCUUUUGGUCCUGAUAUUAUCACGUGAUGGAACACUCAUUGAAACACCUUACUUUAUGUUCCUGCAAUAUAUAAUUUGACACGUGUAUACUGACCCGUUAUUGUUCAUAGCAUUCUAUUCCUUAUACCUUUUGAUAUUGUAUACAUGCCAUUUUUCCUGUAUUCAUGGUAUGUGACAGGAGUCACUAAAACAUGAAAGAAUACAACUUAAAAAAAUGUGACAUAUUUUUAUUUGAUAAAUUUACAGUUAGAACUGAACUACAACAUGAAUCAUCUUGGUGGAGCAUUGAUUCCAAAAUGAUUAAAUAACAAACAUCCCCUUUGUGAUUUUACUGAAAGCAUUAGGUUGUGUUUGCUCAAAACAAGAGAGAGGAUAAAGGUGGGACAAAACAGAGGUGAUGUGCAGUCUUGGCUGCCUGCAUACCUGAAUUGCCUUCCUACAAUAAAUUUGGACUAACUCAUAUCAACCAAUCACCGUGCCUCUUGUGGAAAUUAAACAUUUGACUACUUGUUGACUCUAAUAUUGCCUUUAUGACCGGUUUAAAUCCUCAUAAAGUGUUUGUGCUUUUACACUUUGAUUGCAAACAUGGAAUCUCCUCCAAUCCAUUUAAUUAAUAAAUAAUUCACAAUCCAAAUAGAAACUUGGCACAUUAGCACAACAUAAUUUGGCAUUGAGUACUAGGGUGAUGCACUGUUUAAUCCCACACUAAAAUGUUUGGCUGAAAAUACCCCCACAGAGACUGACUUGGUUGGCCAGUUCAGCACCUCCUUCACUAGCUAGUAUGUACAUUGGCUUAAUUUCGCAUUAAUAUUUCUUGGAAUCACUGCAGGCUAGAAAAUCGUAUAGAAAAUGAAAAAGAAUGAAUGAAAAUUAAAUAGGAGUAUCUUUAUUUUUGUUUUAAGUUCCAGUUUCUGCAAUAGAUGUCCACGCUUUACAUAUACUGUCAGUUAGCACCGCCAAAAAAGGAAGUGCGAAGGAAGACAUCACAAAAAGUACCAGCGAUAUCGAACAGGUUUUCUAGUAUUCGUAGUGAUUUCAGAAACAAAGCAUCCGAAACAAGAAACUACAACAUAUAUAUAUAGUAAUUAGAAUAAAAAUAAUCACAAUAGCUCCGCUCAAUAUUUUCCUACCCAACAGACCCAACCAGGUACCCAACCUAAAGGUCCAAUCCCAUUCCUCAACGAAUCCAGAGUUUUGGGUUAGGUCAGAUGCUAUCUUUCUUAGGUCACCAAUGUGCUGAUGUAUGGGUCCCGCAUGGUCAAACAAGUUAGUGUGGCUGGGCUGUAAGAUAGUGUUGUUACAUAUCUUCAUAUUGUCAACUGAUUUGAUUUGGUGUACGUCUCAUCUAUAGUAUUUGCAUUUAAUGUGAUUUGUCUGCAUUUGGGGAUAUUAGUUGGGUCACAUGUCAUUAUAACAAACCUCAGCUGUAGUAAUAUUGAGGGUCAUCACAGUAAUCAUGUUAAUGCCAAUACCUUUCGUCUCGAGCUGACUUGCAAAAUAUGCAUAUACUGGUAUGGUCUGAGUAACAUGACUAUUUUCUACUUCCGCAUCGUUAUCCUUAAUGCUAAAUAUGUGUUUUAAAAUACUUAUAUGGGUAGGUACAGCAAUUAAACAAGAGGAUAUAAAAUCAGCAGUAAUAAGGAUUGUGCUUAAGCAAAAGGAGGAAAUGUUAAACGCACUAGCCAUAUAAAUCCAUAUGUUAGAUGGUUAUGAUCAUAGGCCACCCUCAGUCUGGGUGACCAAUAGUAUCAAAAAGGAUAUGUGUGGCAGCAUCAUGAUUUGGAGAUGGGUUGCAGUGGCUUGCGUGGAUCCACGUUGGUUUCCCCUCUAGCUUCACAGAGGAGGAGAUAGUCAACAGAACCUGGAAAGAACCAUCAGAACUGGGUUCCAGGCUUUUCCUGACAUGCCUCCUGAUCACCAUCCAGUCUCCAGGCUGCAGAUUGUGGGUGUAUUCACUGUUUUCCGGAUCUGGAAUAGAGUCAAACACUUGUUUAUGUAUCCUACCUAACCUACAGUGGAGGGCUUGGACAUAGGUGGUCAUGUUGCUAUGUUGCAUCUGAAGUGUUUGAGGGAAGUAUAGACCUGUCUUGGGUGCACAUCUAAACAGAACCUCAAAAGGGUAUAACCCUUUUCUUCGGUGAUGUGUGAAUCUCAUAGAGAAUAAAGCUAAGGGCAGACACUCAAUCCAGGGUUUUCCCGACUCUUGCAUAGCUUUAGCUAUUUUAUUUUUCAAAGUUCCAUCAGCACUUACCACUACUCUGGUACUGGUAGGGCAUGUGAAAAGCCUGGCUUACUCCUAAGGCUUGCAUUAUUUAUUGCAUAAUUUCCCCAGUAAAGUGGCUACCUCUGUCACAUAUCAUCCCAUAUAUCUUUUCCCUGUUUCCUGCCUUCAAAAAGGUUUUGUUAUUGUUCAUGGACUGAGGCAAUCCAGGGGCACCGUGGUGAAGAUCUAACUAAAGUCCCACAGCCUCGAGUAGCAUGUCUGGAAAUACCCUGGAUAACUUCCUCAGCCUUUGAACAAACAGAGGGGAGUUGUAAAGGACUACUUACUGAAACAUAUAUAUUUUUUGAUGAUCACUGUAUAUAGUUUUAGAACUUUUAGCUAAACUGCAAUUCAUUAUUCGUGGAAUAUACUUUUAACAUACUUUUCGUGGAAUUGUUAUGUACCAAGUGUCUUGUGUUUAAAGGGAUUCUCCAGUGCCAGGAAAACAUAUUAGUUUUCCUGGCACUGCAGGACCCUGUAGUACCCCUCUAACUCCCACCCCCCAUCCCAAGUUGCUUAAGGGGUUAAAACCCCUUCAGUGACUAACUGGAGUCCCUCGGCGCUGGGUCAGGCUCCACCUACUCUCCUCUCCUCCCCCCCCCCGAUGUCAGCCGACGGGGGAGACCUAAUGCGCAUGCUUUCCUAUGGGGAUUUCGGCGACGCUGGAGGUCCUCACAUAGCGUGAGGACGUCCAGCAUCGUAUAACACACUUUUCGUGUUCUAAGAACACGGAAGUCCCUCUAGUGGCUGUCUGAAGUGUUUGACAGCCACUAGAGGAGGAGUUAACCCUGCAAGGUAAUUAUUGCAGUUUAUGAAAACUGCAAUAAUUACACUUAAAGGGUUAAGGGUAGUGGGAGUUGGCACCCAGACCACUUCAAUGGGCAAAAGUGGUCUGGGUGCCUGGAGUGUCCCUUUAAGAACACUGUGACCGCAAUGCUCCCAUACUCAUAGAUAAGAAGAAUAUGCUAGCUGUUACAUUAUGCUCUCGAUCACCAGUUAUUAAUUACGUAGACAGUGUUCUGUUUUUGCAUAAAAACCUUUGCUCUCCCAUUAAACUGUAGAAACCAACUUACACUGACAACCUGUGUCUGCAUGUCUGCAUGUCUGAUAUCCCGAGCGCGGGAUAUUCUCUAAUCUGGAAACCUUGAAGUAUAUUAUUCAGGUCUUUUCCCUGACAGAAGUGACCAGCCAAUCAGGUUGACCUUAUACUUUUCUAUGGGACUCUUCAAAGUUAUGACUUUAUCUCAUACAUUUUAGGAAAAGAGCAGAAAUUUAUGGAAGUUGUAGUUAAAUUAUCAGCAUUUUUACUUAUGACAGCUGUUAACUGAACUACAACUCCCAGCAAUCUUUGCUGCAACGAACCUUGUAUGGGUGUCCGGCUUGUCUCGUUAGUGGAUCAGGACAAUCAUUGUUUUUGUGCUGCAUUAUAUGAAACAGCUGACUUGGGCGAACAGAUUGUAUCACGUUUCUCGCCAUUCAAAAUAACACAUUUAAUGUUUACUUUUUUUGGGGGUUUCAUUCAAAAACUGCCAAACAGGGACUCUCAAGUUUAUCCUGUAGAGAGGGUGAAUGUCAGAAGGCCCCUUAUUAAAUCAAUCUAGAUUUGGUACAUGAUUCUCAGUUUCUCAGGAAGUUUCAAGAAUAUACAUUACUACUAUUGGCCUCCUUUUCCAUAAAAAUAUAAAGAAAGUGCUGCUUUGGAGGUGGAGAAAACUUGUUCUGAAACAUUUGGUAUAUUUCAUAGUCCAUUUAUUUGUUGCAUGUUCUCUAUAAUUUAACUUUUAUCCUGCCUCUCAUUCCCCUAGGCUGGGAUCAUCAUUAUCUGCCAAGCUUUCAAAAACUGAAGUGGAAGCAUGUGACACCCAAACUGAUAAACAUCAGAUAAGACCAAUGACAUCUGGAUGCAUAGACCACUGUCGAGCAGGCCAAGUACAAAGAAAAUACUGUUAUUGCAAUUCAGCUUCUUUGUUCUGUGUACCUUUCUGUACAAGCAUUUACUUUUUCUUAAAUAUCUUGUAUCUUCUAUCCAUCAAAUGCACUUCCCAAAGUAGCCAUACCAGCUGGGAGCUUAUAGAGCAUCUGUCCCUAGUUCUAUACAGGUCCCCCUCCCGUGUGUCACAAAAAUUAAUAAAAUACAGGUUUUACUUACCUUUUUCCAACUAAGUUGCUAUGGGGCCAAACUGUUCCUUUAGGAUAAAUUUAGGACAGCCACUAAAGGUGGAUUUCACCCUGCAAUAUAAACUUUAGCAGUUUCUAAAAAUAUGCAUUAUUUUACAUUGCAGGGUUAAAAAGAGAUCAUUUCAUACUCUGGGCACCAAACAACUUUAUUGAAAUUGUUAUGAGGGUGCUAGAAGGUGCCUGGCACUGGCUUAUCUUUAGGUGUUAGACACAAUCAAUUUAUCCACAGUGUCUGUACUCCAGAGCCAUUCUGCUCUGCCCCUUGUCCUUCUACAUUCUAAAAUUCAGAAGGCUCAGGCAGCAUUGGACAGGGGUGCCGCUGACUCACUUAGACAGGCAAGCUGAUAUUGUAAGCCAAUCAAUAGCUCCCCAUUUAUAAAUACAGCUUGUGAAAAGUACGUAAUCAGUGGCAUACUUGCCCGAUGCUGCCUGAAAGUGUAAGGACAGGGGGCAGAGCAGAAGACUUUGGGUUUCUAAAGAUAAGCCAGGGUCAUCCUGGUAGCAUAACAACUUUAUUUUGAUGAGGUUGAUAUGGUGCUCAGACUGUUCCUUUAAAUUAAAUUUAAACACCCAGUCCACCUAUUUUAUUGGAGAACACAAAUUAAAAUGCUUGCAUAUGACUCACAGUGGAUAUUGGAACAGCCACUUCUAUUGAAGAAACUCCUUACACAAAAAAACUGACUGGAGGGUGGACCUGUCUUUCUUUGUUAUAUCACAAAGCACCAAUGCUAUUUUUAAGCCUUUUUUGUAUGUUACGUUUUUCACAAAGUGAUCCAUACCUGAAGAUGAACACAGUUAAUUUUGAUAAUUGCUUUAGGAUAGUGAGGUUCGAAGCAACCGGAGCAGAGAGUUAAUAUAUUUCAAGACUUGUGCCGGAGGAAAACAUUUGGUUUGUCUGAAAUUAAAAACCAAUUAAGACAACCCUUAUUGCAUUAUUAAAUCAAUUUAAUUCAUCUAAAUGUUGCUACUUAAUGAAAAUUAGAUAAAACAAAUACACCAGUGCCCUGUUGCUUUCUACUUCCACCCUCUGGGAUGUGAAAUGAAAAAUUUGUUAAAAUUGGGGGUCGGGCCCUGGCCAAAUGUCCUCCUUGCUGCAAUAUGGGACAAUUGAAAUGCCAAAGAGCAGCAGACCUGCUCUGACUGUUCAAAUGAAUGUAUAAAGCCUACCACUUAUGCUUUGCAAUGCCAAUAUAAUAUUCAUUCUAACAUCUAGUCUAGUCCGGUCUUCUGUAGCUUACUCCAUUAAAUCUCAUUGCAGAUCUUUGAUAAUAAGAAAGACUAAUAAUGGGAAUUGGCAUAGUUACUUUGUUAUUAAGUUCAACAAAGCACAUCUGACUGUGGACAUCAAGAACUGGAACAGAUAGUGUCCCAUGAUCCCCUGUGCAUGACUCGAACAUACAUGUGCAUAAACAGGGAAUGAUGGGAAGAUCAUGUCUGCAGUUCAUGCUGUGACUUUAUUCGAAGAAGAUGUCCAUGAAUGAAUGAAUGUAUGUGGCACCAUGAGGAGAUGGCAGCAUCCUCUGUCAGAUAAUGUGCUUUUUUAACAAUAUUUUCAAUGCAAGACACUGACUGGGAGGUACCUCUACCUCCAGUGAUUGCCUCAGCAUAAGAAAAACCUCUUUAAUGUUUGCUGAUUAAGUAAAAGAGACAAAUGCUGUUGACCUUCUAAUUAAAUCUAACAUUAAAAUUAGAUUUAAUUAAAUCUCUCAUUAGAAUUAGAUUUGUACAUUGUAGUUCCUAGUUGUCAGACAGCAGUUUUAACACAUAACCAUGAGAUGGCACUAUGUCAUCUUAAGUUAGAAAAUUGUUGAAAACCAAAUGAUGGGACUCUGCCAUAAUAUUCAGUUAUUUGUUAAUAUAAUUAACAGUUGAUGAAGGUUCAUUUGACGCCUUAAAGUCUCAGAAAAACUUAUUGAUGACUUUCUCCCAAUGUCUACAUCUCAGCCAUUCAUAGAACUAAUGUAAUAAUGACACAUAUGUGGAGCUAAAUGAUCAUCAAAUCACCAUAGAAAAUGACCCCACUAAGGUAGAUCUAAAGUUGGGGGGUUGGGGUAGGAAUUAUGGAAGUUUAUGGGGAACUUGUUAGCAUUGGUCAAGGCCUGAUUGACUGUAAUAUGAGUUAUAGUCCAUAGUAUCUUAAAGGCAGAUACCUCCUAACUCUAAAUUUAGGAAUCCACCUAAACCUCCAGUGUAAUGCACUAAUGUAUCCCCAUCAUUACAGCAUCAGGGACAGCAGUGUACCCUGCUCUGUAAUGGAUUUCAGUACUCUAAAUGGCACUACAAUCAGCCAAGAUUCAUGUUGCCAUUUUAAAAGUGAAUUCUCUAAUGCAUUGCAGAUGUUUAUAGACUGAAGGCUGGCUGACCGUCAUAGAAAAUAUCCACAAAAAUGAUCCACCUUCAGUACUAACAUUCAUACUCAUGGCUAGUGCUAUGGGCAGAUACCUCUCCUCUACUACUUAUUCAACAGCUGCAGCAAUGAUUGCAGUACUGUGCCAAAUUGUAUUCAUUGGGGCUGGCAAAAGGUGCUCUCAGUGUUACAAUACUUUAGACCAGGUGUAGUCAACCUGGUCCCUACGGUUUUGGAUUUCAGGUGGGCGGUGGUGCAUUCUGCAGAAAACGUUCAGUGGGCCUCGAUGGCCUUGGACCAAGGCCGGCAGAUCCUUUAAUUUCCAAUGCCGGCCCCUGCAGAGCCAGCCUUGCUGUAAGCCUUCUCGGACUGAUGAGGAGAUCUUCACCAGCCCGCUGGCCCUUAGUUCCAGCAGAGGGAGGGAAGGACCUGGGAGGCUCUGUGUUCCUCCCGCGAACUGGCUGAUCGGAGCGUUGCCGCGCGUUAGCAUGGCAACGCUCCGAUACAGUGCUCGCAGGAGGACAGGAGAGUCAGCCCGCAACCAGAGUAGCUGCAGGCUAAAGUGAACAUGUCACCACUAGACCACCAGGGAUUGCAACAUUAUGCCCCCCCUCUCUGGUAAAAGGUAAGAAGAAGGGAGGGGGAAACAUUAAAAUAUAUUUUCACAUCUCACCCACCUGCACACAGCAUAGACCCUAUGCACCCUUCACACACAAACACACACUACACCCCCCACACACACACACACACACACUGACUGUCCCCCCUCACACACAUACAGACUCCCUGCCUCAUACACACUCCACCCCUCACACAUGCAUUGCCCCCCUCACACACCCACUGCCCCCUCACACACCCACAGCCCCCCUUCACACCCAGUGCCCCUUCACACAGGCACUGCCCCUUCACACACGCAGAGCACACUUUACACAUGCACAGCAACUCUCACACAUGCACAGCACCUAUCACACACACACACAAACACACACAGCACCCUUCACACAGAUACAGCACCCCUCACAAACAGCACCCUUUUCACACACACUGACCCCUCACCCACACACUGCACCCUUCACAUACACUGCCCCCUCACACACACUGCACCUCUCACAAACACACACACACACACACACCACCCUUCACACACACAGCACCUUACAGACCCAUAGAAAAAAGUAGAAUAUAAUUUUUUUUUUAAAAAGUAGAUUAAUUUACGUACAUAUUUAAAAAAACAAACAAAAAAACAAAAACCUUAUUUCUAAAAAUAAAUGCUCCUUAUGCUUUAGACCAUAAGAAAUCACCGUGCUCUUACAUCAGGCUCCCUUCCACAUAGGUAAAAAAAGGGGGCUAAGAAGUAAAUAUAUGAGGCUAAGGCGUGCAUAAAUGUUUAUGUAUGGGGAUUUCUAAAUAGAAUAUUAUAAAGAGAAGGGUAUCUGGUGCUAUAUGUUACUUAGCUAAAGGUGUGAAAUUUGGAUGCUUUCUAUGGCUGUCUGGCUCAGGAUCCUUCGCCUAGAUGUAUACUUGCCCUAUACUGUACUAGAUUGCUGACCCUGUAACCAUGUGUUUCCUGCUAGGAGCUCUGUUACCUAUGCAUGCAACGAGCCCAGAAUAACAUCCCUGUGUACCUUACGGAGGAGAGAAAACUGAGAGAGCAGGAGGAAGAGCGGAUACUGCUGCAGUACCAGCAUAUGAGGGACCAAGAGGCCCACAACAGGGCUCAGGUACUUUAUGUCUCUCCAGAGAAAUAUCCAUAUGUUAAGACUAGUCCUGGGAUUAGCAUUUUGUCCUCACUGUGAUCUGGCUUUACAGCUGUAUGUUAAAUGUCGUCUGCAUAAACGGUAUCAACAGACAAAAGCCUGUUUCUGGCACAAAUGGCAUUUCUGUUCAAUUGACAUUUAUGGCACAUAUAACUAAAAUAUAUCUGGGAAGCCAAUGCAUGCUAAUUACCAUGUAAUAGUGAACUAAAUCUGUAUUAAUGAGGAUUUAAUAUAGGCUUACAGUUGCCAGUUGGAUGCUGUGGUUAAGAUGGAAUCUGCCAAAUUAAACAUGGCGAUCUUUAGGAUCAUUGCACAUACCUCAUACAAAAUGCUUUUCUUGCCGCAUGGUACCGAAUCUUAUGCUUUGCUGAAAUUUCAAGAAACGUACAAUAAGCAUGUAUGUACGUGAUACUGUUAAACAAGCUUCCUAUCAUGUCAAAUUAUGCAUUGUUUGAUCCUGACACCCAUGCCUUUCUUCUAUGUCUCCUUCGAUGGUAUUGCAUCAUGUUCCUUGCCACUCUCCCUGUCGUCCAGAUCAGUCUGGUCUUCUACGUCUCUGCAUCUACUUUUCUUCUCAUGCAACUGUAACAUUGUUUACCAAGACCAUCUAUAUUCUGAUGGCACCUUAAUUUACCUCUUGUGAUUUUUUUUUUUCCCAUCCUUACUCAUGUCUAACAUUACAGUAUUUAUGCUAUCUUCACCUACAGAUAACUAAACUUUAACCUCUCUUCCUUCAUAAUUCUUGCUUUAAGGGACACUAGUCACCAGAACAACUACAGAUUAUUGUAUUUGUUCUGCUGGGUAGAAUAAUUUCCUUCAGGCUUUUUGCAGUAAACACAGCCUUUUCAGAGAAAAUGCAGUCUUUACAUUGCAGCCUAGGGAUACCUCCACUGGCCACUCCUCAGAUGGCUACUAGAGGUUCUUCCUGGGGCAGUGCUGCACAGCGUGACUGCCAUUCAGUGUCUCGUCUCCACCCUCUGCAUGGAGAUACUGAACUUUCUUCAUAGAGAUGCAUUUAUUCAAUUCAUCUCUAUGAGGAGAUGCUGAUUGGCCAGGGCUGUGUUUGGCUUGUGGUGGCUCUGCCCCUGAUCAUCCUUCUUGGCAGUCUCAGCCAAUCCAACGCUUUCCUAUGGGAAACCAUUGUGAUUGGCAUUGAUCAACACUUUUGAUGAUGUCAGCCAAGCAGGCAGAUCAGGAGCAGAGCCAGUAGCAGCAGACUGGAAUAAAAGUAAUAUUUUACUAUAUUAAGGGGAAUGUUUGUGUUCCUGACUCUAUAGUGUUCCUUUAACAUAAGCACAUUACAAUAUUCCCAACUAAUAUAACUUUGUACAUAAAGGCAGCCCACUCUUAAAUUUCAAGGAUAUCGCUUGAGUCCAUCUCACUGUUAAAAUAUUAGACAAACUCUUAAUUUACUCCAUCAUCAACAGUGUUGUCUUUUUUUUUUUUUUAUCCUAGACUACAAAGUAGUAUUGCUCAACCCUAUGAUUCAUCUCCUUCAGAAACCAGGGCCCCGAUAUUGGCACAGGUGUAGGGAUACUAAACAUCCUUUUAUUAACCCACCCCCCUAAUAACUAAAUUAUUAAUUUCCUCAACAAACAUGACUCCAGAGAGCUGAUCACAGUAAGUCAGCUACCUGUAAAAUUGCUUACCAGUUCAGGCUGAGAUAGACAAUAUAGAGAGAGAAGGUCUACCUAAUGCAUUUCAUGCUCUAGGUGCAGGAGCGUUAACUCUCUCGACUAACAUACUAAGAUUCCUGGUAAUAUAUAUAUGUCUCAGAUUUUUUGCCUUUAACUGCACCUGUUGGUUGACCCUCCGUUUAGAUUACAAGGUUUGGUGAAGGUUUUUCAACACGUACUGUUUGUUGGUUUCUUUCUUUAAAUCUACUUUUCCUUAAUGUGAUCAUAGUUUAUUAAACCUGUACAACUCUAGUCUGGUCUACAGGAUAGAACUGCACUCUAUCAGCAGAUGCAAAUUCCAUUUCUGAGAUUUGCUCUCCGAACGCUACAGGCUGACCUCUGAGCAGCUGUAGCAUGGAAUGCAGUAGAGCCAUGUUUUGUACACGGCUGCUGUUGAAUGUGUGAAUAAUUUUAUUUUAUGAUCCUUAUUUUCUGUAGUUAAGUAAACCAGUUCUUGUGUAAAAGGGGAUUCUGCUGUCCACAGCUUAGGGGUAUGAGGUACUUGGUGGGAUUUAUUUAGUGAUUGGAAGGGGUGGGGGAGCUUGAACUGUGACAAUGAGAGGGAUUUGUGGUGUAGCAGAACAACUUUAGGAGAAAUAUAUGGGAUCAUUUGUAGGAGAUCAGAUACAUACACAUACCUUAGACCAGUGAUGGCAAACUUCUUUUAGCCCGAGUGCAAAUGGAAUGGAAAUCAACUUAUUUAUCUCAAAGUGCCUACAAUGCAAUUAAACAUGAAACAGUGUGCUACAUGUUUACAUUUAUUUAACUGCAUUAAUAAAAUAAAAUAGAAAAAUGGUUUGCCCAAUCCUACUUAACUUUUUUAUGCAGGGAGGAGGCUUUCUUCCCUGGUAGUCCAGUUGGGGUUAAUAACAAUUCCCUGGUGUUAUGGUGGUGGAGUGCGUGGUCUAUACCCCCGCCUAGUGAAGACUAUGUUAAUCACUUCUACUGGUCUUGCGUUCAGUGAGGAAUUCAGAGCACAGGAUGGAGAACUGAAAGGCGGAAGUGCAUUCAAUGCUCUCCACCUCCUGACCAUCAGGAAAUCCUUUUUUAAUUUAAUAUAUUGCCAAAUGUGAUGGGGACAACAGCAUACAGACACUGUGUCACCCUGCCUGUGCCGCCUUAUGGCAGUGCCGUCAACCAGAAUACCCAUGAUGUGGCAAACCUCUGGCUCGUGUGCCAGCAGAGAGGCAUCUGUGUGCCUCAUGUGGUAUGCAUGCCAUAGGUUUACCAUGACUGGCCUAGAUUAGACCAAUACGGCUUGGAUGUUGUCAUAGCUCAACUCUGCCCUUAUAAACACUAACCUAAUUCCACUCAAAAUUUGUGUUUAGCUAACACUUGGCUUCAUGGCACCCCUUCAUACCCCUUGUUUGUUAAUGUAUCUGACUUUGUUACAGCUAGCUUCACUGAUGAACAAGGAACAGAGCCAGAAAGAUGCUGCAUAUAACCUGGGAGUAGCUGAUGCAAUAAGGAAUGAAAAGAAUCAAAAGAAUACAGAAUUUUACGUAAGAAGCUACUGUUUUUAGUUUACAAUUGAAUCUGAUCUGUUUAAUCCGUUGCACAUUUAAUUGUUGACUAAUGGGGAUUGGGGGAUUUCCAGGAAGAAUACACACUCUUGUUUGCAAAUCUCUUUGUUUGCUUAAAGCGAUCUACCAACAAAUAUGGAAAUGUAUGACGAACACAACAUUUUAUCGUUACCUUUCAAAGUUCUAAUUUUAUAUUUAAACGAAAAUCAUUCCAGUUUGUUGGUAUUGGCAAUAAAAAAUCUGAGUGUAGGCUGCAAUCUAUCUACAAGAUAACUUGCAUAUAGCAUAUGUUUCCUACCCAUUGAUCACAGGAGGAUUUCUGAAGAAGCUCUGACUUCAAAUUAGUUUUAGCUCCAAUAUUUUGCAUGAAGGAAGCAGACACCGGGGUCUGAAUUACUAAUUUUAUGUUCAGGUCUUUUCUUUUGCUUUCUGAGGAACUGAAUAUGUUGACUGAAACUGUCCCACUGAACGUGGAAUAUUUAUAUCAGCAGUCAAUUCACAAAAUGAUUAUUCUUUAUGUAAGGUUCCCAUUUGACUGCAAAUUCCUGUCCUAAUGUGUUUUACACCCCACCUCCUAUAGACUGUAAGCUCUAUUGAGCAGGGUCCUCUUUCCCCUAUUGUUCCCGUAAGUUUUUUUGUAAUUGUCCUAUUUAUAGUUUAAUCCCCCUCUCAUAAUAUUGUAAAGCGCUACGGAAUCUCUUGGCGCUAUAAAAAUGGCAAUAAUAAUAAUAAUAAUAAACAGCAUACACACAGUAUAAUGUCAGUAAUCCUAUUGCAGAAAGCCAAUCAUGUCAAAAUCAAAACAAUACAAUGGAAUUGUGAUAAAGUCUUUUGUGCAACUUAAUCUUCCUUCCUCUGAGGUUUCAAAGAUAAACAAAUAAACACACUGUAUUUAUAACAACAAAGAAGUAAACAAAGUAAAAAUAAAAAGAGAGCAGGGGAGAGGUCUCCUCCAUGAGUGUUGCGUCAUACCAUUGUAAAGCGCUGCGGAAUAAGCUGGCACUAUAUAAAUACCAAUAAUAAUAAUAAUAUUAGCGAACCUAUUAGUCACUCACUCAUACCACCAACAGCCUCUCAUCCACUGUAUUCUUCUUAUGGUUACCACACUUCAUUGAAAGCUACCAUUGUGUUGCGAACCUGAACUGUGAGCCUCUCCAUCAGGAAAUUCUAAGUACAACUUUGUCUUUCUUGAGAAUAUCUAUAACCAGCCACACCGGUGCCAGUGCCUUCUUUGCAGCUAGGGUAAUUUUAUUAUAUAAUUUUUGCAUGUGCGAUGUAAAGCCCUCAACUUGUUUCACUAAUAAGAAGGGUCUUAUGGAAGAUCUCUACCAGUAAAUAUUUAACCAUCUCCCAAUAUUUAAUCACCUUGGGAGAGGUCCACAACAUGUAGACAUAGGUUCCCGUUAACACCACUCCAGCAGACAUUUGAGGUGGUUUUACCCAUACGGAACUGUUUUAUAGGGUGGUAUACCACAGAAAUAAUGUUUUAAAGGACUGCUGCUAAAGUGUUAUGCAUAUGGAUGACUUCAAAGCUGCUUCACAAAUUUCUUUCUUAUCACUUGCUUUCAGUGUCUGCUGUAGAUAUGUUUCUCAUUGUGCAAUAUGCCCAAGCUUGCCGCAAUCUUGAUAUGACUCACAUAGGUGAGCAUAUAUAGCAGUUAUUAGUCCAUUUCUGUGGAGUGUCAGUGACUUGUAAGCUUUCAAAAAAGGUGAGGGUAUGGGUCGCAGCAGAUUUUCUGUAUUUUCUUGGUCUCGUAGCUGCAAGUAUCUAAAAUAGUUUCCGAUAUUCACAUGGAAAUGAAAAACGAAAUUAGAAAUAAAAUCACCUAUAGCUUUAAGUAGAUUAAAACAGGUUUGGUAUCUUCAAGACAAUAAAACAGGCAAAACAUUAUGUAUAGACUUAAACGUAUUAAGAAUAAUAAAAGAAUAAGUACAAUUAUGGAUGGUAAUUGUCCAUGUUUUUGCAGCGUACUAUAAAUCCUUAUAUAAUCUCUCAAAUAAUCAACAACCUAAAGAAAAAAUUGUGGAAUACCUGAAUAAAUUUCUCUGCCAAAAUUAAAGGACCACUCUAGGCACCCAGACCACUUCAGCUUAAUGAAGUGGUCUGGGUGCCAGGUCCCUCUAGGAUUAACCCAUUUUUUUAUAAACAUAGCUGUUUCAGAGAAACUGCUAUGUUUAUAAAUGGGUUAAUCCAUCCUCCAAAUCCUCUAGUGGCUGUCUCAUUGACAGCCGCUAGAGGCGCUUGCGUGAUUCUCACUGUGAAAAUCACAGUGAGAACACGCAAGCGUCCAUAGGAAAGCAUUGUAAAUGCUUUCCUAUGAGACCGGCUGAAUGCGCGCGCAGCUCUUGCCGCGCGUGCGCAUUCAGCCGUAUGGGAGGAUCGGAGGAGGAGAGCUCCCCGCCCAGCACUGGAAUAAAGGUAAGUUUAACCCCUUUUCUCUCCCCAGAGCCGGGCGGGAGUGGGACCCUGAGGGUGGGGGCACCCUCAGGGCACUAUAGUGCCAGGAAAACGAGUAUGUUUUCCUGGCACUAUAGUGGUCCUUUAAACCAAGGACAAGUUGAUAAGUUGAAUAGACCAAUGGAACUAGAAGAAAUUAGAUGGGCAAUCUACAAUUUGAAAGCUCAUAAAGUACCAGGGCCGGAUGAUUACUUGUCAAUUUUUUUUAAGACGCUAGAACCGCUUUUUUCUCCCAUUUUAUUAAAUAUGUUUAAUGGUAUUCAAAAUAUAAAAGGUUUUCCAGCAGAAAUGCUUAAGGCAACAAUAUCUCCUAUAAUAAAACCAGGAAAAGAUCCACAUUUUGUUUCAAAUUAUCGUCAGAUCUCCUUAAUAAAUAAAGACAUAAAGAUUUACUCAAAAAUAUUAUCUGAAAGCUUAAAAUCAGCAAUUACCAUUUUGAUACAUCAUAACCAAAUGGGUUUUAUCAAUAAAAGAUCAGGAGGACAUAAAAUACGAAAUUUGAUCUCUGUAAUUAUUAUUACUAUGUUAUUAUUUAUAUAGCGCCUGCAAAAUUUCGUAGCGCUGUACAAUGGGUGGACUAACAGACACGUAAUUGUAACCAGACAAAUGGACGCACAAGAACAGAGGGGGUGGAGGGCCCUGCUCAAUGAGCUUAGAUGCUAGAGGGAGGGGGGUAUAGUCACACAAACGGUAUAAUUAGGGGUAAUGUAAUGGAUUGCUAGAAAAGUAUUCACUGGGAACUUAGAAGGUUAUUUUUGACAGUUGCAGGAGAGGAGUAAUUUUGGAGGGGGAGGGGGAAGGAAAAUCCAUUAACAGUUUAAAUGAAAUGCUUUCCUGAAGAAGUGUGUUUUCAAAGAUUUUUUUUGAAGGAGUGGAGACAGAAAAGGUGCACAUCUGAUGUUUGGAGGCGAACAUCAGAUGUGGGAGUACGGACAGAGGAUAGACAUAGGUCUUCGGCAGAGCACAGGGGCCUCGACAGGACAUACUUGUGUAUUAGGGAGGAUAGGUAGGUUGGAGCAGCAUUAUGUAGGGAGAGGACAGGUAGAUUUGUGUGUCAUCUGCAUAUAAAUGAUUAUCUUCUUUUAGAUUGACAGUUUAAUCACGUAUAAUAAUGACCUUAUAAUAAUCUUAUAGAUAACUUGAAAAUGUAUGAAAAAAUUUGGAACCCCUGGGCACUAUUUCGAUUUAAACACCUCUUAGAAAUAUGCUGUAAGAUUUGACACUACUUCCCCACCAACUUUGUAUUUAGAUAUAUAUCUAUUUGUAUAACUUGUAGUGGGAGCAGUGGAGAGAGAAGAGAAAGAAGUACAUUUUAAUCUCCCUCCUUUCUCUCACCUUCCCGCGCCAUCCUUCGGAGCACCCAGUUCUGAAUUUUUCUACGUCUAGGAUGUAUGAUAUAUAUAUAUAUGUUGUUAUUCUAAGGCUAUAUUAUGAUCUUCUUUUAGAUUGACAGUUUAACCACGUAUAAUAUUCAUCUUAUAAUAAUCCUUGUUUGUCUUUUUGUAUAUGUUAAUUAUAUAAAAAAUAUGAAAAUAAAGAUCAUAAUUGAAUAAAUAAAAAAAUAGUGCAAAAAAAAAAUAGUUUCCAGUAGGUAAUGGGGCUUUCUCUCUCUUUAAAAUGAUCUGAAUACUUUUAUUGCCAUUUGCAUUCCUGUAUUUUCAAUUCCUUGCUCACAAUGUGGAUAGAAAGGCUUUGUUCCUUAAAUAGGGAGAAUGGGGUUGUGGGCAAGGAAUACAUUGUGGCUGAGGUGUCCUAAAAAAUUGCCGGGCAUUGGGUGCGUAAGAGUCUAUCCAGUUUAGGGACCCAGUUCCAAAAUUGAGGCAGAUCAGAGAAAAUUCUAUUUUGCAAGGGGGUGCAGUUAAAAAAAAAAAAAAUUCUGUCAUCCCCCAAAUGACAAACCAGUAAUUUUACGCAAACUAAUUCACUGGGCAGACAAAGUAUUGAAAACAAACAAAGAAGGAGAACAUGCAUUUGUUAUUUUGUUAUUUGAAGGAUAUACAUAUUAAACAGUAAAUUAAAGAGCGUUAAUACUUUUUCUGCAAAAUAUAUAACAAAACGCACUGUAUUGGAAUCUGUUCCCAUCUCUGCUGCGUUAGCCUACAUUCUGCAAGUCUUGUGUCAUCUUGCUGUUUAGAGAACGAACCCCAUCAUUUUUAAUUUAAGCUCCUUUUCUUCUAUAGUACAAUUAAAGAUCUUUCCACUUUCAGGCAUCCUACAUUUUUCAGAAGAGGCCAUUGACCCCUCCAGCUUGUCUUAAAAGAGAACAAUGCCACCAUUCCUUAACAAAACAGAUGGCAGAGAAGAGAGAAAAAGAGGUCAGAGGCAAACAGGACAAGGAAUUGUUGGGCAGACUGGAACAAGUCCAACUUGCAGAAGAGUAAGUAAUCUUGUGACCCUUAAUUCGUACUGUUGCUCCAUCACAGUCAUGCACCACUGUGUAUUAAUGAUAGGGCUCUUUUCACAACGCUGCACCUUUUGUUUGGCCAGUUUGAGCAUUCCUGGCCACAGAGGGCCUGUCCUGCAAAGUGCUUAUACACUUCACACAAUCUGGUAUUUUUGUCAUAUUUAGAAGACCCCUGGAAGCCAGCUUUGUAAUAUUCAGUGAGGCACUUUUCAGCUGUGAUCCUUUUUACUUCCAGAAGCUUUGUACUUUGUUAUUUUUAGUGAACAGGUAACCCUGAGGCACCAGCAACCCGUAGGGUCAGUAGUUCUUUUGUGUACGUUUCUUAUUUUCUCUGCAAGUCAUUUAAGGAUAUAAUUUUGGAACACUAAAUGAUAUGUUCAUUCAGAUAAAGUCAAAGCCUACUUUUUAUUCAUGAAAGCAUGAAACAAACCCACUGAUAUCUGUGUACAUGGAGUUUCCACAUAUUGACUGUUCUUCUCUUUUCUCAAAACGGCUGAAACUUGUCUGACAAGCUUCCACACCGCUAACACAUCUCCUAUAUAAAUUCACUUAUAUACUCACCGAUCAGAAGGCAGGGAGUGAAAAACAUAGGCGCAAUGAGAUUUUCCACUGACUGUUGGUCACUUCCAGGAACCAGUGAUGGAGGGCACCAGAGUAGUGAGGAAAUGAACUGUGUUUCUAUGGGAAAUUCUAGUCUGAAUUCUUAUGGCAGUGAGCUAAAUCAAGAUCUGCUUCACUAAUGCCAUUUUUGUGUACUGCUUUAUUUAAAAAACAAACAACAAAAACUAUUCUAACUAACAUAUUAAAGGUACCUAUCCUUUUUAAUCAGUUGACAGGUUAUAGAUGGAUGGGAGAUGUAUUCUUCAGUAGUGAGGCAUAUAGAGUGUUGUCAACAUUCAGCACUCAGGUUAUAUUUGUGAAUGGCCUUCAAACACUGGGAAGGUCGGCUGAUAUCUGCCCUAAACAUUAUGAUUAUUUGUAGUAGUGGCUUCAAAGACAUGACUGUUAACAUGGUAAUUUGUAGCUGCAACUCAGUCUUAGUUGUAAAAUGGCUGAGCUAGAAAUAGGAUAGACAAGAAGAUACAAAGUGGAGGGAGAUAAAGGAGGGUUUGACAGCUUGCCUCGAAGGUAACCUAGUGGAUGUCGGAGUUAUUUUAAAAGCCAUCUGCCUACACAUGCACACUUUGGCCCUACACAUGCACACUUUGGCUAAGUAUUUGAUUAGCCUUCCGAGAGUCAUAUCUCCCCCAAAGUUGUUCCAUCUUGGAUGGCAAUGAUAGCGGUGAGCUCUGGACAUUGCUGAUCCUUUUACUCCAUGUGUUUCUUAAUCAGGGACAUUGCUCGUGUACAUACAUCGUCUCGUGUAUUCAUAUAUAUACGAUUCAAUAAAUUGCUUGGGGCAAGUAGUGUUUCUGAAAGGGACAAAAGGUAAUCCUCCUAUUCAGCUUUAUUAUUAGAUAAGUAACUUGACUAUAAGGUUCUAAAAUGUCAAACUUUCAAUUUCUAAAAUGAAAAAGCAAAGUACAAAAAUAGCAGACCAAACCAAUUUAAAUUCGUUCCAUCUUCACUGACUAUAAGUCAAUUUCUGCUGUAUCUAACCAUCUUUAAUAUUCUCAAAGGGAUACUCUAAGUACCAAAACAACUUAAACUUAACAGAGUGGUUUUGGUGUGUAGCUCAUGCCCCUGCAGUCUCACUGCUCAGUUCUAAAUACUAAAGCUUACAAGAGCCUCCUUUGUGCAAUUAAAGUUCAAAUAACAGAACAGGAUAUAAAAACUUUGCUGUAAGAUCUGAAAAUGAAACCUGGUUUUAUUCUGGCUGUGUGAGUUACAGCCAGGGGAGCUAUUAUGGCUGCAAAAAGAGAAUUAAUAGUGAUUUAACUCCUAAAUGACAAAGAAUUGAGCAGUGAGACUGCAGGUUCAUGAUCCGUUCUAUACACUAAAACUGCUUCUUUAUGCUAAAGUCAUUUUGGUGCUUAGUGUAUCCCUUUACAUUUUAAAGGUUUGCUUUACAUAUAGAGGGACACUUUAAGCACCAUAACCACUACUAGAGCCUUGAGUGCUAUUUCUCCAUUUCUUGAGUUAUAGUGCAUUCUCUGCUAAUAAAAUUAUUUGUAGCAUUGAGAGCCUCAAAGCCCUCUUAGAUGAUGGUAAAAUUGUGCAACAAUUGAAAAGUCCUAUGUUACUGAAUGUGCAUUCAUCCCUAGCUAUAUCUUCCUUACUAUUCAGAGCGCAGACGUGCGCUUAUCUGUAUAUUUAUACAACUAAACUAAAUACGUUAGACAUCAUUUGAUUUGUUUCUACGCGUUUUCGUGGUAUUAUAAUUUGGUUUUACUUCCCUUCACGUUUGGGUUUUCUCACUUAUUUGUUUGUAUACAGCACACUUGGUAAUUUUUAAUUCUGAUAGUGAUUAAAUAUAUAUAUAUGUAUAUAUAUAUUUAUUUUUUUUAUUUUUUUUUAAAUUCUUUUUUUAAAUUUAUUUAUUUUGUAUUCUUUAUUUUGAAGAUGUGUCCGAAUAAACGAUAAUGAGUGAGAGGAUCACAAUGAAGAGUAUGUGACAGUUAUUGUUGUACAUUGUGAAUUGUAUAAACCAAAUAAUAUCAUGAAUUAACAGAACAAGUGAAAGUAAAGUAAGAAAUAGAAAAUAAGCAACAUGACGCAAUAUACAGUGCCAUACAUGCCCCGAAACAUGAGACAUGAAAUUAUAUUGAUGAAAGUCAACACAUUUUUCCGGUGUAAGAUUUGUGUGCAGCUCGACAUUCAAUGAGAGGUCACGGUGUGACACUGAAGUUGGGGUAUGCAUCGUAAGUAUACAGAGCACUGAACCAAGAAUUAUUAUUAUAAUUUUUUUUUUUUAAAUUCUUUAUUUUUUCGUGCAUAGAUUAAUUGAACAAGCAUUCAUGUCAUGCCCCAACAGCAGUAACAUGCAUUGAAAUUGACAGAGUAUAACAGUUGUGGCAUAGAAAAUAGAUGCACAUUUUUGUAUGAGGGUUAUCAAGAACUGUACUAGGCUAGCUAACAGGAAGCAAAUCAGUAAGAAUAAAACAAAGCCUAUGCAGCGAGAUUGCGUAAGGUUGUGUAGGUUAGUUCAGUAGUUAAAUAUUUAGUCAAAUGCGUAGCCCCAAACCCAGACAAAUUAGCUAGGUACUGUACUGCUCAAGGUGAAGAUAGAUCAUUAUUAAAUGCAGAUCCCUGCAUUCCUGACAUUUAGCCUGUUAAGAUGGUUGAUAUGCUAAACACUCCUUAUAUGCUGGAAGUCACUCAUACGCUAAACAAUAUUUAUAUGCUGUAACAUCAAGUAAUAAUAUAUAAACUUGGGUGGGCCCACAGGAAGCAAAAUUGUCCUGCCCAGAGUGUGAAAAGAGGCUUUAGGAUGUGAAUGCUUGGGCACGUUAUGUUUAACGGGGUAAAAAAAAAAAAAUGCAUGGCAACCGCACUGGUGUGCUUGCUAAACAGGCAAUGUAUAUGUCUGGUGCUUUAUUCUCCUUCGCCGGCGUGGGUGGCGUGUAGGGGUCGCCCCCUGUGUGGCUCUAGUCCCAGGUUGACUGGUUGUUUGGUGCUGUUGAGGUUUGUUGCGUACCUUGCCCAGUUGGGGCACCUUCAGCUGUGCCCUGAUCUGUUGCCCUUUAGGGUGAGAAGCACUGUCUGGCUGUCAUGCUGUGGGUGAGUUAGCUGUAGUGCUGCCCGUUGGUGGCUUUCGGGGCUGGUGUCUGGCCUCCAGGCUUGCCCAGAAUCGCCUGCAUAUGGCCUCAAAUCUUGCUUGAAAGGCAUUUGCCCACUCGCUGGGGGUCAGUCGCUUCGUGCGGGUAUCUGAGCCGACCGCCAUUUUAGCCUGGCCUCGUGUCUCUCACUUGUCGUCUAUGUUCCCUAUUACUGUAUGUAGGUGAGUACCUGCUUGAAUCUGGCCUCCAGGCUGUGCUUGGUUAGGUGAGGUGCGUCGUGGUAAUACAGCUGAGGCCCGCUUUGUUGUCUGUGGGGGGACCGGGAUGACCCCCGCCGGUCCAUAGGGGGGGGGACGGGGUCCCAUGCCGAGGAUUGCUGCGCACCGUGGCCGAGGGAGAGCGGCAGUCUCUCCCGCGAUAUCAGCGUGCGUCGCGCUUCAGCUUUGCCUGCAAGGCCUAUCCGCUGUUCCGUUGGGGGCAGCUACAGGAUUUGGGUAUCACUGUGUGUCCACUCGGAAGCAGACCGGCCCCUGGGUCUCAGAGGGUUGUUUUCGGCAGAGAGAUUGCCGUUUAGGCGAUUUUUAUGGCCGGCAAUGUCGGAGCUUUGAUCAGGCGGGUCCUGCCAUCUUGGCCGCCAGGCCCCGCCCCCAUUCUUUAUUUUUUGUGCAGGGAAUUACAAAAUAGUCUGCCUUGUCAUGAAACAGAGCAGGUCAACAUAGACACACAUUUCAACUUUGUCAUUACAUAAUAGAGAAAAGCACAUUUUUGUUAAGAGAUGUAUUGUACACGUUUGAGCUUUAGAUUUUUUAUCGCAACAGCCCUGCCUGGUCUUGAAGGUCGCAACUGGUACCAAGUAGAUUUUGUGCAGGGAGUGAGUGAAUGUAUAUUCAUGCUAGCAUUAGGAUACUAAGAUCUGUAGUGUGAAACAACCUGAUGCUAUCGGUGGCCAGGUGUUUGAAGUGCCUGUGCCGACAUAGGUUAAGCUACAAUAGUAUGCUGGCACAUCUACACAUUACAUGCUGGGUGGCGCUACCUGUAAGGUGACCUAGGCAGCCGCCUAGGGCGCACCUUAGCAGGGGGCGCCGGAUCCCUGCGCCUGGCAGCUCCUUAUGCUGCGCCGCCUGAGUGCUUUUACAAGCCUCAGGCGGCGCAGCACUGCUGUGGAGGGCGGCCGGAUUUGAGCGACCGGCAGGAGGGAAGCGCAGAGCGCUCCCCUCCUGCCGGUCUCUCAAUGUAGCGUGGCCGGGCGGCGCGGAACGCGGGGCAGGAACCUCUGUUUCCUGUACCCUGCUGCCGGCGGACUGACAGGAAGUGCUCACCGGCCAUGCUACAUUGAGAGACCGGCAGGAGGGAGCGCUCUGCGCUUCCCUCCAGCCGGUCGCUCAAAUCCGGCCGCCCUCCACAGCAGUGCUGCGCUGCCUGAGGCUUGUAAAAAAAGAGCUGCUCCCCUCUCAGUCUCUAUCCUACCCCACAAACCCUCUCUUUUACACUACACACAUACACAAUGCAUCCCCCCCACACACACACACAGAAACAUACAAUGCAUUCCUACUCACACACAGACACACCCUAAACACACAAUGCAUCCCUUACGUUCACACAAACACUCAUUCUCUUACACACAGAAACAAAAUGCAUCUCUUACACAAUCAAUGCACCCCUUACAGACACACACUGCAUUCAAUUAAAUACACAGAAACACACCUUGCACCCCUUACACACACACACCCAGAAACAUAAAAUGCAUUCCUUACACGCAAACACACACUGCAUCCCCUAUAAACACACUACAUCUCUUACAGAAAUUGGUAUCCCUAUACACUACAUUCUAUAAGAACACACACACAUUGCAUCCUCUACAAUAACACAUAAAACAUCCCCUGCACACAUACACUCCACUUCCUGUGAGAGAACUCAUGGGUUGCCCAUGUAGGUGGAUUUAUGGGUGGGCAUUGUAGGCAUACCCACGGUCCAGCCCUGGGGGCCCAGACCUUGAGCUGUGUAAGGGGCCCUAAAAAAUGGAGCUGCUUCCUGUUCGUUAAUUGUUGUGAGCACUGUUAAAAACAGUGAGAGCCUCUUCUACACCAGACCUGUGGAGCCAGACAGAGCCCAUUAUCAGCCUCUUGUCCUCAUCUGGUGGUAAGUAGGCAAUCCAAUAUAUUAUUAUUGGCACUAAUCUCUAAUUUACCUCACAUUAAAUGGAUACUAUAGUCACCAGAAGCACUACAGCAUAAUGUAGUGGUUCUGUUGUCUAUAGCCUGUGCCUGUAGGCUUUUUAAUGCAAACACACUAUCUUUUCAGAUAAAAUACACUUUGUGAAGACUGGCGUUGGCCCAUAUGGCAGAGCAUUGUGAUGUCACAUGGUGGGCAGGACAUAUGGGGGGGAGGGGGGUGCGGCAAAUUUUCCUUUUGCCUAGGGCGGCAAAAAUCCUUGCACCGGCCCUGAUUACAUGCUAAACUUAUGGAAUAAUAAACAUAUUUGCUCUGCCUAGGAGAAUAUGUGUGGCUGACGUCCAGAACUAUAUAAUUUGCCCUGGGUGUUAUGUGGGUGUAAAUACUGUGCUCUCAUGUUCUCCUGAGGUUGUGGGGGGGACGUGAGAAGUUCUGAGAUUUCUCUUUACCUGGAGUUAUCCCAUAUACUAUCUGCCACUCAUCCCAGUGUUCUCUUUUCGGUACACUACUCCCAUUUCAUACUAUGUUACUGAAUAGCCAAUGUGGCAAACAUGCCUCUGCCAUGUGUUCCUGGAUGAGCCUGCUGGCUAGCCUCCUGCUUAAGGACUAUGGGCCAUGUAAAAAGACUGUGUUCGUGUGGUUCCCCUGUACUGUUCAGAAACUGAACAAACUCACGAACUAAAGAGCACCCGGGAUCCUUGUUAAACCCUAUUGACACCUUGUAACGAUUCUCACCGCAGUGUUCUAAUUGUACAUCUGGGUGGCUGCCGUUCGUGUGGACGAACACGUGGUGGUGGCCAUCUUGUUCACACGAAUGCAGGCUAAAAUCGGACAUUCAACCUCGCAAACACCGCUGAGCUUCCAUCCCCGCCUGCGUUCGGUUCUUUCCAUCCUAGAAGAUCACUGUUCGGUAGAAUCGUUCAUAUGGAUGAGGGGAACAAGCUCCAUGUUUCAACUAUAGACUACGUUCAACAGUUUGUUUUUAUACUACCGAAAUUGACCGACCGCUACUACUUUUCUCAUGGAACUAUUUUGGGGAGAAGCCACGUGUGCGGUCGGUCAAAAAGUGACUUCCAUGGAAAACAUUGAACAGAUCUGAGUGAUUUUUGGAUAUGUUUGUCACUCAGUAGUCAUCUGUUUAAUGGCAGCACAGUUACAGAAUUAAUACAAGUCACAAACUCCUCCCCUGUGCCUGAGAGAUAAUUGAGUCAGGAACUGUACAAACUCUAUUAUCUCCAGGUUCAGAAAAACAUUCAAUUUACAAACACCCCAAAAGUACCCCCUAAAAUCCAUGGAAACCCCACAAAAGUUACAUCCUCGGAUAGCCCCAGUCUGAGUGACCAACAUAUCCAAAAAUCACUUAGAUCAGUUCAGGGGUUCAGGUUUUCCAUGGAUGUCACUUUUUGACCGACCGCACACAUGGCUUCUCCCCAAAAUAGUUCCAUGAGAAAAGUGAUAGCGGUUGGUCCAUUUCGUUAGUAUAAAAACGAAUAAACUACCUAACGUAGUCUAUAGUUGAAAAGUGGAGCUUGUUCCCCUCGUCCAUACGACCCAAACAGUGCUCUUCUAAGAUGGAAAGAACCGAACGCAGGCGGGGAUGGAAGUUCAGCUGUGUUCGUGAGGUCGAGUGUCCGAUUUUAGUUCCAUGCAACGACUAAACACCAUUGCCUGCGUUCAUGCGAACAAGAUGGCCGUCACCACGUGUUCGUGCAUACGAACAGCAGCCACCCAGACGAACAAUUAGAACACUGCGGUGAGAAUCGUUACAAGAUGUCAGUAGGGUUUAACAAGCAUCCCGGGUGGUCUUUAGAUCCUGAGUUUGUUCGGUUCAUUAACAGUACAGGGGAACCACAUGAACACAGUCUUUUUAUAUGUCUUUAUAGAUGGCACAUAGUACUUGGGUAGGAGGCUGGCCAGCAGGCUCCUCCAGGAACACGUUGCAGAGGCAUUUGUGCCACAGCCAAGUCUAUAAAAACACCAGUAGACCAAGCUUAUCUGCUGCUUCCUAGAUAAUACACAAACCAAGGAGGAAUCCACAUUAUUAUUUGGUCCAGGUGCAUCCAGGCCUGGGGCUGGCUAACCCUGCUCCAAUGGUAAAACAAUAAAUGUAAUCCAGGCACUCGGGAUCACUUAUGCAGCAGUUUUAUUGGAAAAACAGGAUAAACACGCAAUGUUUGGAUCUCAACUGAGAUUUGCACUCUGGAAACAAUUGUGAGCUUUGUAAGAUUGCAUGAUCUCUUUAUCUUAAAUGUGACGUCUCUUUCCCAUUUUUUCUUUAAGGUUAGCAACUCAGAGAGCCAAAUAUAUAAAAGAAAAACACGAACAAACGCAGUGUUAUAAAAAUGCACUGGACAAUCAGGUAACUCGCUACUUUGAAUAAAUACAAGGUAGAAAACCAUUUAUGUUUACCUUUAUUUUAUUUUUUUUAAAAGGGCUAUUUUUGCUACUUUCUUAUUGAAAUUGUCACAGAGCAAUAAAAUAAUGAGAUUUUCACUUUCCAUUAAUAACAAUACUAAUAUUUUAAAUAUAUUAAAAUAUUUUAAUAAUAUAACAGCAUUUUUAUAACUUGCCUCUUUUGCAUAGAGCAGGGGUGCCCAAAAGGUAGAUCCCCAGAUGUUGUCCUGGGUCCACAUAUCAUUGCAUUGUUACAUUAGGAUACACCAAAAUACAAAAACAAUAUUAAUACACAAUAUAUACAAAAUUUAACAUAGAACAGGCAGGAAAUAUAUAAUCAACCAUGACAGCUGCAUUCUGUUUUGAGGUAUGUAGAGAGGGAUCUCUUAAAUGACUUUAGGCUUAUCGAAGAUUUUAAAUUGUGCCGGAGGUCGUUCCACAAUUGCGGUGCUCUAUAGGAGAAGGAGGAUCGGGCCGCUAUCCUAUGCCCGGAUCCCCACCUCUGAUGCUCGCCUUCAAGACUUCUCCAGGGCUGCACCUAUUCUGUGGAACUCCCUUCCCUCCUCAAUCAGACUUUCACCCAGCCUCCACUCCUUCAAAAAAUCUUUGAAAACUCACUUCUUCAUUAAAGCGUAUCAAUUAAACUGUCAGCAGGUUUCUCAUCCCCCACCCCAUGACUCCGUUCCUGCACCUGUCAAAAAUGACCUACCAAGCACUCAAUAAACCCUUCUGUAACAAACUAUUUAAUUCCCCUACUUUAACCCUUUGUGUCACUAUACCCCACUCCCUCUAGCAUGUAAGCUCAUCGAGCAGGGCCCUCAACCCCCUCUGUUCCUAUACGUCAGUGGUCUGAUCUCAAUUAUGUGUCUGUUAGUCCAUCCAUUGUACAGCGCUACGGAAUUUGUUGGCGCUAUAUAAAUAAUAAAAUAAUAAUAAUGUUGUAGAACUACAGCUUCCAUGAUGCUUUGUCAUUUUAAAGUACUCUAAAGGCAUGCAAAGCAUCCUGGGAGUUGUAGUUUUACAACAUCUGGGAAUCUACCUUUUGGGCACGCCUGGCAUAGAGAAUCUCAUUUCCCAGCUAGCAUCGUGGACCUUUUUUUCUUGUUUGUGAAGCUGCAGAAAGCCUUUAAACUUUAUUUCAACUUUAAGGCCAUAAUAGGCGACUUGCAGAAAGUCUUUCAGUCAGUUCUGCUUUCAGUUCAGCUACUUUGGCCUUAAAUAUGAAAAUCAAUUAGAAUUCCAUACAAUUUUCACUUUUGUGCUCUGAAAUGAAAACAUUAAAUUUCUAAAAUUAAAAAAACUCCUUUUCAGUUCCCCACAAUUCCCAGUACAGUGCACAUGUCUGUUCCUGUUGACAAAUUUCUAAUGCAACUUCAUUUUUCUUAAUUGUUAACACAGGUGAAAAUAAAGCCUUAUUUCACACUGUCACCUCAACCGGAUACAAAGGAACCAGUGUUUGGCAGAAAUGAUAUGAACAACGAGAAGUUAGUGGAGAAGAGGAAACGUGAGGAGGAGGUGUACAGACAUCAGUUACAGGUUGCCGCUGAGAAGAAACGUCUGGCUAUACUCAAUGACCUGGUACGGCAGCGGAAUGAGGUGGACAUGCUACGAAGGUCAAAACAACAGUACGUACAAGUCUUUCUCUAUUCAUAUUCUCUUUAAAUAUCUUUUAUACAAUAUUUAACACAAGGCAUGGGAAUGAUUUACUUAAAGGGACACUAUAGUCACCAGAACAACUACAGCUUAUUAAAUUUGUUCUGGUGAGUAGAAUCACUACCUUCAGGCUUUUUGCUGUAAACACUGUCUUUUCAGAGAAAAUGCAGUGUUUACAUUACAGCCUACUGAUAACUUCACUGGCCAAUCCUCUGAUAGCUGUUAGAGAUCCUUCCUGGGUCAUGGCUGCCUAAAAUGCAUCCAAACAUUCAGUGUCUCCUCCCUCUGCAUGCAGACACUGAACUUUCCUCAUAGAGAUUCAUUGAUUCAAUUCAGCUAUAUGAGGAGAUGCUGAUUGGCCAGGGCUGUGUUUGAAUUGUGCUGGCUCUGCCCCUGAUCUGUCUCCUUGUCAGUCUCAGCCAAUCCUAUGGGGAAGCACUGGAUCAGGCUACCACUUCUGAUGAUGUCAGCAGACAGCUUGUUUUUUCUGAGACAAACAGCAUGCAGAUCUACAGCUUCAGGCUUGAAUACAAGAUUUUGCUAUAUUUAUGGAGGCAUGAGGGUCCCAGGGGGAGUAGAUGGUGGUUUUAACACUAUAGGGUCAGGAAUACAUGUUUGUGUUCCUGACCCUAUAAUGACCCUUUAACCAAUAAUGUCCAUUGUGUGUAUAAUUAUACAAAUAGUUAUUUGGAAAUGUAACAUAUUACACUAAUCAUUUAUGAUACACAUAUACAGAACAUAUGUAAUAAAAGUACAGCCCCCGACUUUCUUAAUAAACUAGUUAAGAUACAAAUACCAGCCCUCCCCACAAAGCCACACUUUUAUCUUCAGAAUAAGAAGAAGCUUAUCCAUAUCUACUUGGCUACCCAGAAUCCUCUAAUCAUUAGGAGAACAGGAAACAAGACUGAACAAUUACUAUACUUGCAGUGUGUAUGCUUGGGGAGCGCUGUCCCCGAAGGAAGGACAGAAUUGUAAGAUAAGGAAAAGCCAGAGCUUUCUGGCAACACAGCACAUAGUGUUAUAUCUGUUAGUAACUGUCUAGCCCUAAACCAAGCUGUUUGUCUCUUUCCUGUCCUACUUGUGGAUCAGUCUCAUAUACUUACCUGUGUCUAGCUAGCUCUGCAUUGCCACCUGCAUGUCCACCUACCUGUGUCUAGCUAGCUCUGCAUUGCCACCUGCAUGUCCACCUACCUGUGUCUAGCUUGCUCUGCAUUUCCACCUACCUGUGUCUAGUUUGCUCUGCAUUGCCACCAGAAUGUCUACCUACCUGUGUCUAGCUUGCUCUGCAUUGCCACCUGCAUGUCCACCUACCCGUGUCUAGUUUGCUCUGCAUGGCCACCAGAAUGUUUACCUACCUGUGUAUAGCUUGCUCUGCAUUGCCACCUGCAUGUCCACCUACCUGUGUCUAGCUUGCUCUGCAUUUCCACCUGCAUGUCCACCUACCUGUGUCUAGCUUGCUCUGCAUUUCCACCUGCAUGUCCACCUACCUGUGUCUAGUUUGCUCUGCAUUGCCACCUGCAUGUCCACCUACCUGUGUUUAGCUUGCUCUGCAUUGCCACCUGCAUGUCCACCUACCUGUGUCUAGUUUGCUCUGCAUUGCCACCUGCAUGUCCACCUACCUGUGUCUAGUUUGCUCUGCAUUGCCACCUGCAUGUCCACCUACCUGUGUCUAGUUUGCUGUGCAUUGCCACCUGCAUGUCCACCUACCUGUGUCUAACCUGCUCUGCAUUGCCACCUGCGUGUCUACCUACCUGUGUCUAGUUUGCUCUGCAUUGCCACCUGCAUGUCCACCUACCUGUGUCUACUUUGCUCUGCAUUGCCACCUACGUGUGUCUAGCUUGCUCUGCAUUUCCACCUGCAUGUCCACCUACCUGUGUCUAGUUUGCUCUGCAUUGCCACCUGCAUGUCCACCUACCUGUGUUUAGCUUGCUCUGCAUUGCCACCUGCAUGUCCACCUACCUGUGUCUAGUUUGCUCUGCAUUGCCACCUGCAUGUCCACCUACCUGUGUCUAGUUUGCUCUGCAUUUCCACCUGCAUGUCCACCUACCUGUGUCUAGCUAGCUCUGCAUUUCCACCUGCAUGUCCACCUACCUGUGUCUAGCUUGCUCUGCAUUUCCACCUGCAUGUCCACCUACCUGUGUCUAGUUUGCUCUGCAUUGCCACCUGCAUGUCCACCUACCUGUGUCUACUUUGCUCUGCAUUGCCACCUGUAUGCCCACCUACCUGUGUCUAACUUGCUCUGCAUUGCCACCUACAUGUCCACCUACCUGUGUCUAGUUUGCUCUUCAUUGCCACCUGCAUGUCUACCUACCUGUGUCUAGCUUGCUCUGCAUUGCCACCUGCAUGUCUACCUACCUGUGUUUAGCUUGCUCUGCAUUGCCACCUGCAUGUCUACCUACCUGUGUUUAGCUCUGCAUUGCCACCUGCAUGUCCACCUACCUGUGUUUAGCUUGCUCUGCAUUGCCACCUGCAUGUCCGCCUACCUGUGUUUAGCUCGCUCUGCAUUGCCACCUGCAUGUCCACCUACCUGUGUUUAGCUUGCUCUGCAUUGCCACCUGCAUGUCCACCUACCUGUGUCUAGUUUGCUCUGCAUUGCCACCUGCAUGUCCACCUACCUGUGUCUAGUUUGCUCUGCAUUGCCACCUGCAUGUCCACCUACCUGUGUCUAGUUUGCUGUGCAUUGCCACCUGCAUGUCCACCUACCUGUGUCUAACCUGCUCUGCAUUGCCACCUGCGUGUCUACCUACCUGUGUCUAGUUUGCUCUGCAUUGCCACCUGCAUGUCCACCUACCUGUGUCUACUUUGCUCUGCAUUGCCACCUACGUGUGUCUAGCUUGCUCUGCAUUGCCACCUGCAUGUCCACCUACCUGUGUCUAGCUUGCUCUGCAUUGCCACCUGCAUGUCUACCUACCUGUGUUUAGCUCGCUCUGCAUUGCCACCUGCAUGUCCACCUACCUGUGUUUAGCUUGCUCUGCAUUGCCACCUGCAUUGCCACCUGCAUUGCCACCUGCAUGUCCGCCUACCUCUGUUUAGCUCGCUCUGCAUUGCCACCUGCAUUCCUGAUUAGGAAUAAUUCCAUUGCUUUUUCAGUGUUAUGUAUUCAUAAUGACACUGCUUACCUUAACCUUGUUAGGUGUAUAAUUAGGCUACUUGUUGCAUUUGAACAUCAUUCCAUUGCCUUUAACAGAUGGGAUAUGAAUCGUAUAGCUUUGGUUUGAGAACUAUAUUUUUUAUUUAAAGUCUGAUUAAUUUUUUGUUGUUUGGAAAUGUGUCCAGACCUCCAACCAAGAUAAAACUGACACUUCAAUCAGCUCUGGAUGAUGUCACAGGGCACAUACGUCAUGUAAUACUUUUUUCAUUCCUAAUUAGCCCUCACAGAGACCAUGAUAAAUACUGAGUAGACUGCAUACGAUAUAAGUGCAAAAGCAAACAAUAUAUAAAGUGAGAAUUUUAUUUACUUGUCUGUGUUCCAGAGUUCAGGAUUACAGAGCAACUGAGUAUGAGAAGAUUAGCAGAUUACAAAAGGCUUUGCAGGAUGACUGGGCCAAGAGCUCUGAAAUGAAGCGGCAGAGAGACCACAAUGAGCAGAAGUUCAUACAGUAAGUUUGACAGACAUUGAAGGGACCUUCUAGACUGACCUGUGACCCCAUUUUACGGAUAUGGUAUUAAGAAACAAUGUUCUAAAAAAGGAAAAAAUAUCUUCCUUAUAGGUUUCUGCUUGGCAGACUUGCUUCCUUUUAGCAGAUAAAGCAUGUGCGUACAUAACAUCACAUACAUGCAACAUACAUUACAUGACAAACGUGUCUAUGCAGAAUCAAUACAACUGCUCCCACAGUUCUUGUCCUUGUGAGACUGAAGGUACAACCAAAUCUUGUACAAUUUGUUUUGCACAAUUUUUUGGACAACUGCCAACUUAUGCAAAUGUGAGGUAAUUUGUCUCACAUUUUAAUAAAGAUGUCAGCUGUCCAGUUUCUCGGAGUUUCCCAUCAACCCAUGUAUAGUUGGAACGAUUCAGUUUUUUAAUUUUAAAAAGCACAUUGCAAAAACCUCUCAAUGUGCCAUUGAAUACCCAAAUUCAUGCCCGUGGUAAAAAUGCAUUUAAGUUUGUUUUGCCAAAGUUGGUAUUAAUUGACGAUACAAUUAUUUAUGCCAAUCACAUUUCACGGUAUAACUUAGUAUUUUGCAUAUUUACUGUAGAGCAGGAAGUCAGCUCCUCCUCGAUCAAUUUGAAAACUACCGACGAUGCUUUCAAUGUAAAAGACGAACAACAAACUGCGGAGAGACCAAUAUAUGGUGCGAAUCACGAUAUAUACCUGGAUCGCGUUUAAUGGUUUGA